UGCUGCUUGAAGCAACGCGCAGCAAGAGGCUGCAGCAGAUGCAGGCCCGAAGGUGGCGCCGUGGCUCCGUAGAUGGCGCCGUCGAGCCCGAUCCCGGAAGCGGCGGCCUUUGGGAUGCACCCGGCAGCGGGGUUGGGCGACGGCUGCUGCUCGGAUUGGCCGCCGGCCGCAAGAGAGGAAGGCGGGCACCGGCGGCGGGCUUGUAGGGUGAUGGUGGCCGUCGGGUCAUGCUGCUGAAGCUCCUGCAGAGACAGACCUAUACCUGCCUCUCCCACAGGUAUGGGCCUUGCCUUUGCCUCGGAGGCAUCGUCCUCAUGAUCGUCUCUGCCCUGCAGUUCGGAGAGGUGAGUGGAGACCUGCGGGGCCCGCUCCGGAGCAGCCGCCAGCCGGGAGCCGGGGGGUUGUUUUGUUUGCAGCCCUCCCAAGUAUCCCCUCCCUCAGCCGCACUUCCAGGAUCCUUCUCCCGACCGCACUUCCCUUAAAAUCCUGCUAAGGGUUCCCUCCCUCCUUCCCACCUUGCAUGUGACAGACAGUCCCGGUUUUCCUCUUCCCGUCUCGGCUCCAGUCCCCCCGCCCCCGCCAUCUUUCCUUUCCCCUGCAUUUAAGCAGCUGCGUUACAGGCACAAUUAUUUUCUCCUUCAUUGCAUCUCCUGUGUCGGGAAGAUCGCAGCCUGUUGGAUUUCGGCCUGGUAGGUAUGUUACUCCUAAAGACUCGUAGAUUUUAGCAGAAACUUUAUUUACAGCACGUGCUGCGCCCUUCUCAUCUUCCUCAAGCUCCCACCCGUUGUUCUAUACGCACAUCGUUUCCCUUGCCACCCUUUAAUUGCCAUUUUUUCUCAUUUAUAUUGCGCCCACCCCCCCUACAUUCCUCCUGCCUUUCUCUGGAUUUCUCCUUGCAUUUGUUAUACUUCCUUUCUUUAUUCAUAGCCCACAUUACCUACUGCACAGUUUCCUAUAGUCUCCCAGCGUUCUUCUUCCGCCAUAUUCUAUUCCUCCAGAAGUUUUGGGCUACAACUUCCAUCACCCCUCCCAGCAGGCAUAGUUGUGCUGACUGGAGCAGAUGGGAAUUGUAGUUCGAAACAUCUGGAGGGCACCAGGUUGGCCAAGGCACUAGUAGGGAUCAUUCCCAGUACUUUAUGAUGUUACCCAGGCAGCUUUGCAGUGUGGGCGGUUGGGAGUGGAGCAAAGAGGUGGAGAAUGCCAAGGAGAAUCAUGAAGGGUGACUGCAGCUGGAGGAAGAACAAGCAAAAUGUAUAAUAAUAAUAAUAAUUUAUUAUUUAUACCCUGCCCAUCUGGCUGAGUUUCCCCAGCCACUCUGGGCGGCUUCCAAUCGAGUGUUAAAAACAAUCCAGCAUUAAAUAUGUGUGUGUACUUGUCCCUUUUCUUGGUGAGUGGUGGCAACUAAAACUUGCUGUCAGCAGAGACUGUGGUUAAUAGAUAGGCCCGAGAUAGUGCUAGCCACUCCACCAAAAUAUACGUGUGACACUUGCAGAGGAACUACUCCAUAUCUUGACAGUUUCUGAUGCCUGUGUUCAUGCAGAUCUUGUGAUCUGAUGUGUCCCUGCUCUGUUCUUUGUCAGUUUUAUCUCAUUGUCUAUUUCCAGUGUUGGGCCUCAGUGGGGAACAAUGUGCUUAAUAACAUAUGUUCUUAGCUUAAACAAGCUAAGAACACAGCAACAAACUUUUGUUUCCUAGUUCUCAACAUAAAGUCUUCAUGUUUAAAUAGUUUGUGGGAUUGAGGCAUCUGAUUUAUCUUGCUGACAGGGGAGGGGAGGGGAGGGGAGGGAAAGUGAGAUAAGAUGUGAACAUUGAGUCCUUGAGUCUGACAAGUUGUGCAGAUUUUGUAAAUUUCUGGAUGUAAAAAAAGAAUUUAGUCAUCUAAAAACAAUUUCAACAUAGCUUGGAUGGUCUGGAACGGCUCUUGAGGUUUGCAUGUCUAUGUGAGUAAAAUGGAGAAUUUCAGGAAAAACCAGAUUAAGCUUUGCUCUUCUUACAGUGUAAUCCUAAACAUGUCUACUGAGAUGGAAGUCCUGUUGAAUUCAGUGGGGCUUACUCCCAGUGAGUGGGGUUAGGAUUGUAGCCUUGGAAGAAAUCUUUUCAGUAGGAGGGAACUCAAAUAUUGACUUAUUUCUUGCUAAAGUGUAAGUGGUCCUGCUCUUCUUUCUACAUUGGUCUCUCCAGAUGACCUGUUUAUUGCACAUUCAUUCUGAUUUGUUUGCAUCCCGUUAGCAGUUCUUUCUUCUCACACUUUAAAAUGCAUUUUCUUGUCACUUUCCAAACAGCAGUGAGGUGGAAGGAUGCUUUAAUCUUCUUUAAAUGUGCAAACCUAAAGUUCUGGUAUAUGAUCGAUUCACUGCUGUAAAAUAAUGACAGCCUGGGAUUGCCCUGUACCACCACCUGAAGAUCAGUGCCACUGAUUUUAAAUGUCAGCCUAAUGCAUCACCAUUUUAGGGUAUGAUAUAAGAUACUCCUUCUUUUGUAGGUUGUUCUAGAGUGGAGUCGGGACCAGUAUCAUGUUUUGUUUGACUCUUAUAGAGACAACGUUGCUGGGAAAUCAUUUCAGAACAGGUAAGUCUUGGAUCCAGAAUGGCAGUUCCCCCCCCCCCCUCCUUGUGUUUGUGAAAGCAUUGGUGAACAGUAGCACAGUUUAACCUUUGCACAACCCGUUCUUUCCCCACCUUCAAGCUGUCAUUGCUGAAACAGUUUUCGAUGGUGGGGGAAAGCGCCAACAACUUUGCCUGCGUGUUGCUAUGUUUCUGUCCUUCCUUCCUACAGUCUAUAUAUGAAUCAGAUUUCUGAUGAUGUGGAGGAGAAUGCAGAAGAAAAAGUGUGGUUGCAGAAAACGGCGAUAAAACUUUUCCAAAUGCUUGGCUGCCACUUUGAUAUUCUGUUCAUCUUUUCCAUUGAACCUGUAUAUAAGUGUGCAGUCUUUGUAUCUAUUGUCUCUUCUGCACUGUACAUUUAAAACUGUAUUAUACCAUCUUGAACAGUCAUGGCUUUCCCUAAAGAAUCUUGGGAACAGUAGUUUGUGAAAGGUAUUGAAAGUUGUUAGGACACCGUGUAUUCCCCCCACAGAACUACAAUUUCCAAAGUUCCCAGUGAAGAAGAGAGACUGAUUGUUAAAUCCACCUGAGAAUUGCAUCUUGUCUGUUUGGGCUUGCUCCUCAACUCAGACUCUUUGGCGUGAUGCGGCAUCACUUACACACACAUUUCCUCAAAUCUUCUGUGAGCCUCAAGCAGAUGGAAGCAGUGCAAGAGACUCACGCUGCUCCUUCCUAAUGCUUCAGGGGAGUCCCUGCACCCCAAGUCCUCUGCAAGUGGCAGAGGAUUCUUGUGUUCCACUGAAGCUUUGGAGCAGGCGGAAACUUUUGCUUGUUUUUAAGCUCAGCACAUUGUGUGAGACUUUCCCCUGAGUUCUCCACAGUUUUUGGAGGUGGCGUGGGGUGCAGAGGAUCUAUGAGUCAUCCUAUCGAGAGAAUAGUAUGUUGUCCCUAAGAGCCAAGGAUAAACGAGGGACCGCUAUUAAAAGAGGGAGUGUUUGUAGUUGCAGCUGGUCUGAUUGCAAUGCCCUCAUCUCAACAAUUAAAGGUUCAGGCUACCUGAUAGCAAAGUAUUUGAUAAAAUGGAUACACCAUUACCUCUGGGUAGUCAGUUGUGUAUAUGCUACAUCUGAUUUUCAAUAUCAUAUUGUAUUGUUGGGGCUCAGCCCUCCUAUUUGCUUCUCUUGCCAACCCCCCCUGAUAACCCCCUAGACCAGGGUGGCUGCAAAAGUACUUAAGCAUAGAACCUGCAGGCUGCAUGCUACUGUGUCCUGCAGAGAAGCAGAGAGAGAGCCCUUCUAAUGCCUUACCAAAGCCGGAUAACUGAGGUGCCAGACUUUGGGAAGGAGGUGCGAGGCUCUGGAAGGGCCCUAGAAUCGUCCCUCUUCCUUUCCAAAGCUGAAAAAGCACUACAACUAGGUUUUCGGAAGGAGGCUGGAUGACUGUAGGAUCGUGUCAGGAGAGCCUUCACACCACCUUCCCAAAGCCGAGCGCUGAGAUGGGGGGGCGUCAAAUGUAGCUGAGGGCCACCCAAGAGGGCAUUGAGGGCCACAUGCAGCCCUCGGGCCUGCUCUAGACCUUCCUCAACACACUCUGUGCAACUACAAAGCUCCCGGAGAGCCAGUGUGGUGUAGUGGUUAAGAGCAGUAGACUCGUAAUCUGGUGAACCGGGUUCGCGUCUCCGCUCCUCCACCUGCAGCUGCUGGGUGACCUUGGGCUAGUCACACUUCUCUGAAGUCUCUCAGCCCCACUCACUUCACAGAGUGUUUGUUGUGGGGGAGGAAGGGAAAGGAGAAUGUUAGCUUCUUUGAGACUCUUUCGGGUAGUGAUAAAGUGGGAUAUCAAAUCCAAACUUUUCUUCUUCCCUUUUCACCUUCCUAACCUCAUUUCUGAAACAAUUUCUCUCUUCUGCAGCUCCACUUUCCACCUGCUUUUUCUCUUUCAUCCAUAUGGCCAUACCUCUCCUACUGUAUUUUUGCAACUCCACCCCCCUUAUUAUUUAACUACUUUGUUGGAAAUCUAUUGGAAUAGAAGAAUGUAAAUGGGAACAGUAAAAUGUGUUAUAGCUCACUAAUUUGGUUUUGAUUGUGUUGAAGUCAUAGUCAUGCCGGGUAUGAGUUUGAAUCAUAAAGAUUACUCACUUGUUUCUGUCUUCUGACUUCAAUUCCAAACAACCAUUAAUACACCCCCCCAAGAACCACAGUAUGUAAGUAACUGUGAAUUUUUAAAUUAGUUUUUAGCAUUUAUAAUAUUGUGAUCCUCAAGCUUCUUUUUCUUUCUGAAGUAAUUAGUCAAAAUAAAUUUGGGGGCGAUUGCAUCGGCUCCCUAAACUUCAGCAAAGCAGGAAAAUUGUCUAGAAAGGUAAUCUUCAUUGAAAGCAGGAUGUAGUCUUUGAGGUCAUGUUGCUACGAAACAUUUGUGGUAAUAUAAUCACUGUUAGACAUUUUAAAUCCCCAGAUAUACCUUGCACUCACAGUAUAGUAUACCUCCUGUCUACCAAGUAAAGUAUUUAUUUUCAUUGUUGAAGAACAAUGAAUAGGUUUUUUUCCCCUUUGUAAACCGCAGCCGUUUUUUUUUCCUUUGUAAACCGCAGCCAAAUGAGGAUGUGGCUGAUGUUAUCAGUCUUAAUAUUUCAGUUGGCUGCAGUGACCUAUCUCUUCCUGGUUGCGUGACCUGUACAUAAAAGUAUCUUUAUAUAUCUGAAAAAUACAGUGUAGAACGUAACAUCACCUUGGGGUAUUAGCAUCUUCAUUAUAUGUUUAAUAUUGGGAAUAUUUGUUAUGGCUGAGAAAUGGAGGAAGAGUUGAGAACUGGGAGAACAACCUGUACCUCUCUUUCACCUCUUCCAGUACUUUAGACAAGUGGCAGCUGCAGAGACUGGUUUCCUGGUUUGUUUUUUAGAACAUCAUAAGAGUCACACAGUGACCAACUAGAUCAGGGGUCAGCAACCUAUUUCAGCUGUGGGCCAGUCCACUGUCCCUCAGACCAUGUGGUAGGCCGGACUAUAUUUUGAAAAAAAUAAUGAACGAAUUCCUAUGCCCCACAAAUAACCCAGAGAUGCAUUUUAAAUAAAAGCACACAUUCUACUCAUGUAAAAACGUGGUGAUUUCCGGACCGUCCGUGAGCCGGAUUGAGAAGGCGAUUGGGCCGGAUCUGGCCCCUGGGCCUUAGGUUGCCUACCCCUGAACUAGAUGCUUGUGGGAAGCUCAUAAGCAGGAACUGAAUGCAACAGUCCUCUCCCUGCUAGUGGCUGCAGCUGGCGUUCAGAGGCUGCCUUUGACACUGGAAGCUAGUGGCAUUUGAUUAAUAGCUCUGCUUAAAAAUCUCCCAAGGAAGGAGAGUCUCACCACCUCUUGUUGGAAGUCUUUUCCAUUGCUGAACAGCUCUUAUGUCAGAAAGUUCUUGUGAUGGUGAUUUUUAUGUCUGAGCUGAGCAAUUAAAUUUGUUCAGUGUGGGUUUAAGUGGAAUUUACAUGUGGCUAGGUUUGCAGCCUUGGUUAUCUUGCCUGGCCCCUUGGGAGAUGCAUUGAUGGAGAGUGUAGAUGCCUUUUGAAACACAGGGGCUUUCAGCAGCCUAGAUUUCAAAACACUGACAAUUUGGGAGCAUUCACAGCUCAUUGAAAUAACACUUAUGCUUGGGUGAAAGCAGUGCUGGCCCAAGUGAAAAGGGGAGACUUGGAGAAGGGCUCACAUGCCUCCUUUAAUCUGAGAUUGUCCUGGUCCGUUCUGUAGCCAAGAGAGGAUGCAAUAAGGUUUUCUGUGCAAAUACAUCAGACUGACAAAGCAGCACAGUAAAUAUAAAAUAGGGAAAGGCUGUAUAGAAAUAAAAUUGACACUAAUCUUGCCCCAUCAUUGACAUUGAUAACUCAGAAUUUGCUAUGAAACAGAUCUUUUAUUAUAAACUAUAAUCUCCACCCUAGGGUUGUUCGCAGUUUAUGUUUGGAUUUUCAUAUCACAGGUAUACAGGUUUUUCUCAUGCUUCCUUUGACUGUGUACUCCUGUUUCCUGGAGGGAACAGGUACUCACAUCCAAACUGAGCAGAAUUUAACUUUCCAAUUGUCAGCUAUCAAACUGAGGUUAAAUCCUGCUGGGAACAGCACUGAAUUGAACCCUCCUACCCCUCAGCUGACAUCACAAGUGAUGUCCACAGAUUGACAGGUGGAUGUGGGUUCAGGGUAGUGGCCCUCAUGGGUUAAAUGACUGAUGGGGCAAGAUUAGAAACCGCUGGGGGCCAUUCCUGGUUUAGAGCAACUGUGUCUCCCAGCCCUACCUAGAGAUGCUGGGGUUUAUACCUGGGACCUUUUGAAGGCAAAGCAGGUUCUGUCCCACUAAGCUAUGGCUCUUUCCUGAAGAGCUAUGUGCUCUUCUCCUAACCUUCUGGAAGAGGAAAUAAUGGAGCCCUUCAAGAGCCGUCUUUUGUUCCAUAUCUGUCAGCACCGCCUCCUGAUCAGAAACAGUAUUUAAAUCUGCUGCUGCCACCAGACUGAAAGGAAUUUCCAUUUGUUUCUGUCUCAUGCCUUCCUUUGUGUCCUAAGUGUCUGCCAGUCUCUUUGCAUGAGCCAGAUGAUUAAAAAUAAAUUGUUUUUGGAUAAUUGGUGGUCUAGGAUGGCUUGCCAGCAUUUCAAGGAUUGGGCAGACACAAUAAAUGUUUUAAUUUUCCUUAACUAAAAUUAAACACUCUAGGGAUGCCCGAUUUAACUUGAGACACUUGUCCAUCUGGAUCAGCUCUCGAAAAAACUGUUGUUAUUUGGCCAAAGCAAACCUUCCAUUUAUACAGCUGUGUGGGUCAUGUUCCAGCUACUGAACAAAAUCUAUUAUUUAUCAUUAAGAGGCACGGCUAAUUUGGGGUGUAGCAGGGUAUUAAGAAUAUCCCAGUAGACUAUGUUUUUGUAAGAUAAAAUAAGGUGUUGCAGAACCAUUGCACGCGUGUUACAGGACUUUAAUAAUGGUGCAACAGCAAGCUUGCAAGGAAAAGAUUCACCUGUAAGCCAAUUCAUGCAGGGUUCUGAGUGCAUAUAUUCUCCAUCUAGUUAGCAGGUCUUGAAAGGAAUCCUCAUGCAAUGAUAGGAGAUGGAGAAUUUUCCUUUUCUUUUUUUCUUUUUUUUUAAAAAGCGUUUAUUAAUUUUCCAAUAAAAACAUCCAAUUAACAUAUCAAAUCAAAUCCAAUAAAAAUAAAAAACUAAAAUAAAAAAAGGUCCAAUUGUCUUCCAAAUUGUAAUAAUUUUGUUUUGACUUCCCACGGUCUGAAUUUCGAAGCGUGUUCAACAUCAUAGUCCUGCCUCUCAUCAUCCUCAAUGUUAUUCAUAAUUCCAUGUCCGAUUUUUCCCUUCCGCAUUUUGACUCUGGUUCUACGAUCCUCACUCAUGUCAGAAAACCGAUACUUUUUUUUCUAUGGAGUGCAGAUUUGUCCAUAUAUUGUACUCCUUGAACUGUUUUUUCAUCGCACCGCUUCAUUUAAUUGCAUCCAAUUUCAAAGUUCUGUCCAGCUCUUUGAGAGUUGUUACUUUGGCAGCUCCCAGAUCGUUAAUCUUUCCCGUCCAGGUGCUAUCAAAGAAACAGAGAGAAAUUUCCUUCUGUACCCUCCUUGUUGAUUUAUCUUAAACAGACUGUUUGCAAUGUAGCCAUAUAUCAGACAGUUAGCAAUUGGCCUUUGGAAUCUUCCCAGUCCCCCCUCCGGGCCCUAGAGGGGGGCUGCCAGACAUCCAUUUAGCCCUCUCUCUCGCUCGUAAUCAAAAAAAAUCUUUUUGCAAACAGUUGUAUAUGUAAUAUUGUUUCCAGUCUUUAUAACCAACCAUCCGUUAGCUCCUGUUUCUCUUAAUCAGGGAAGUAUUUCACAUAUUCAAUAACGACGUGGUGCGAGACGCCAUUUUGUCCUUUGUCCUUUGUUUUCGUCUCUAACAGACAUUUCCGGUCUUAGAAGAGAAGUGGCUGUGAGUAGAUCCCAAUUAUAUAUGAAAGUCCAUCUGAACUCACUUUUUGAAGAGCAAUUUAAGUUCUUAAUGAGACUUGGCAUGCAUUACGGAUUGUUGAUGUUAAGGAUAAAAGAAUGUUUUUUUUACAUACCAAGCCCAUCCACAUUCCAAACGUCAUGAUGAGGAUCUCUUUGAAGUUCAAUCUUUUACACCAGAGACUGUACAUACUGCAGGUUUUUUUCAGCUUCUUCAAUUCAGAGCGUGUCUGUUUGUUUACCAAAUCUUUAUAUUUUCCCAAACAGAUGCGUCUGGCUAUGGGGUGGCGUCGCAGGAGUGUCAGCCGUCCCUAGCUCCGUGACCCAGUGCCCCUGCCGUCUGCCACAUCGGCAAUCUGGGGCAGACCGCGGGUCGUUGAGACAGUCCUCCCCUGCCCUGGGGAGGCUGCCAGGGCUAAUUACCCCCAUAUCAGCCCUGAAUUAUCGGAACGGCUGAAGUCCGAUUGUGUGGGAUCAGCCAUUUUCCACCGCCGGAAACAGGAAGUGAAGAAGGAGAAUUUUCCUUUUCUAAGACUGCAAAAGUAGAUGCAAACGAAUGGAUAUAAAGCCAGUCAAACCAGGCAGUUUUGAAGCUAGAAUUAACUUUUACAACUUUAGGCAUCAUAAUUAACUUUUUUUAAAAGGCAACUACUCCUAUGAAGUAUAUUUAUUAAAUAUCUACUGAACUCUCACACAUUAUUUAUUGGUAAACAGGAAAACAAAGUACAUGUAAUCCAAUGUGGUAAACUGGAUCUCAGAUAAUUUAGGACAGGCUUCCUCAACCUCGGCCCUCCAGAUGCUUUGAGACUACAAUUCCCAUCAUCCCGACCACUGGUCCUGCUAGUUAGGGAUGAUGGGAGUUGUAGGCCAAAAACAUCUGGAGGGCCGGGAUUGAGGAAGCUUGAUUUAGGACAUGGGGAAUUUGGGAGGCCCCACAGAAUGCCCCUCAUUGCCCUCAUAGCCCCCUUUCCUCGCUUUGUAGAUUAUUUAGUAUGAACAGAGAUGUACCUGCAUACAUUUAGGGGCCAGUGAAUGCCAAUUGUGUGCUCUUUUUGCUCUAAACAAAUGAUGGACAGAUUGUAAGGGGGUCCAGGGCAGCAGCAUGCUGUGGUUUGUACAAAACAUGUAGAUGAAAGGAAGCACUUUCUCGCACUGCAAAGUAGUUAAACAAUGGAACUCGCUGCAGUGGUAGCGAUUGCCACCAACUUGGGUGACUUUAGAAGGGGAUUUGACAAACUCAUGGAAGAUAAGGCUAUCAGUGGCCACUCGUCAUGAUGGCCAUAUAGGCUUGCUCUGGUGUUCCUUGGAAUAUUGGGGAUCAUAAGCAGAAGUGAUCUGUUGUGCUUGUGGGCUUCCUUGAUUGGCUGUUGUGGGAACAGAAUGCUGGGCUCGAUAGACCUUUGUUUUGAACCGGUAGGGCUACUCUUAACAUUCUUUCCUUUGUAUAUCUGUGGGCGGAGGAAUGAGGCCUCCCUAAUUCCCUUCCUGGACAUUUGCUGAUCAUAGGCACCAGGGGGGACUGCAUGUGAACUGGUACUAUGUGUGUUAGAACAGGGUGUGCAGGGGGUCUGGCUGUGGCAAAGUCAGGAAAAACAGACAGUGAGGAUGUAUCUUUGGCCAAUUUAACACAAACAAUGACAUAGCUGGAAUAAAUCAUGAAUGGCUGGUUGUGACACAUUGUUUUCCUCCGCAUAAGUAUUUUUAGAACAGUUUCGACAGAAGCCAUAGGUGGAAAAUGUUACAUUAAGUUUGAAAAUCCAUACUGGUUUUGAACGUGGGCAGGAUGUGUGAGCAGAAAAUGUGAUUUCCCCCUCCUACUUUUUAUAAGAGUUUUCCAGAGUUAUAAAUUAGGAUCUGAACUCCUGAAUCAAGGGCUGAGUUUUGGAAUUAAGACUGUGGUUGUCAAUCCCUGGGGAAGACCAUGGAACACCUAGAAGAGGGAAACAAACUUUUUGGCUUCCUGAAACAGAUGGGACCUUCCUCUCCACACCAGCCAUAGAUUAAAUGCCUUGCAGCAGAGGAGCCUAACAGAUCCAUGCUGGAUUUGUUGAGGUGACCUUCUUCCCCACUUGCCACAUUAUAAUCCCAAUCUUGUUUAUGAUUAAUGUGGGACAUGAGUGGCCUCUUCCAUGGAUCUUUGCACACAGCAAUGGGUUGCAUGCACAUACGACCCUGUGCAAGGAGCUCUGCACAAUCUGCUAUGAGAGGUGUGUUUUUUUUGGGGGGGGGGGGGGUUAGUAUGGUAGAUGUAGGUUUUAUUUAUGUAUCUCCUGCUCUAAAAGCACUAUACAUUUAAGAAUGGGGAGCCAAACUCAAAAAUAAGUGUUUGAGAAAUACUGCAUGAAGGGUCAUUGGAAGGAAAGAACAUAAAAAGUUACAAGUUUUAAGAAUCUUUCUUUUGUUGUCGUUUAGUCGUCUCCGACUCUUUGUGACCCCAUGGACCAGAGCACGCCAGGCAUGCCUAUCUUCCACUGCCGCAGUUUGGUCAAACUCAUGUUUGUAGCUUCGAGAACAGUGUCCAACCAUCUCGGCCUCUAUUGUCCCCUUCUCCUUGUGCCCUCAAUCUUUCCCAACAUCAGGGUCUUUUCCAGGGAGUCUUCUCAUGAGGUGGCCAAAGUAUUGGAGCCUCAGCUUCAGGAUCUGUCCUUCCAGUGAGCACUCAGGGCUGAUUUCCUUCAGAAUGGAUAGGUUUGAUCUUCUUGCAGUCCAAGGGACUCUCAAGAGUCUCCUCCAGCACCAUAAUUCAAAAGCACCAAUUCUCGGGCGAUCAGCCUUCUUUGUGGUCCAGCUCUCACUUCCAUACAUCACUACUGGGGAAACCAUAGCUUUUACUAUACGGACCUUUGUCGGCAAGGUGAUGUCUCUGCUUUUUAAGAUGCUGUCUAGGUUAGUAAGUGUAUUUUUAAUGUGUAAACAUUAUUUUUAAUAUUUUUAAUGUAUAAACCAGAGUAAGUGUAUUUUUAAUGUGUGGUGAUGCAGAAGCACAUUGAUUAAAAAUGAGAAACUGAUGAAGAAACAAAGCUUAACUGAAUGUUUUGAUUAUGCCAGAAAUAAUGGAACAAGUUUAUCAUUUGAAACUCAUGAGUUUCAACUGACUGGUUGCAGGCGAACGUAAUCUGUGCUGCUGUGAAUUGCUUUUCAAUUUAAGCCUGGACAGGUUGAGCUGGUUUCUCUCUCUUAAUGGGAUUUCUCUUAUAGGCUUUGCUUGCCAAUGCCUAUUGAUGUGGUGUACACCUGGGUGAAUGGCACAGAUGUUGAGCUGAUCAGGGAACUGCAGCAAGUGAGGAAACAGAUGGAGGAAGAACAGAGAAUGAUGAGGUAAGAACAUUUCUCUGCGUGCACAGUAUGCCGAGCUGCCCUGGCUGGAGGUAAGAAAACUAAAACAAUUGGGUUGUGUCCAGUUUUAGUCCUACUCAGAGUAGAUCCAUUGAAACUAAUAAACACGACUAACUUGGUUGGCAUCCAUCUGCCUUGGGAGACCAUAGAGGAGCACGCCUUUGGGGGUGAAGUCAAACUGUUGGAAGGUUACAGCAUGUGCUGCAGCUGUAGAGACUUGCUAACUUAGGCCCAUUAAUUUUAAUGGGUUUACUGUGAGUAGGACUUGGUUGGAUACAGCCCAAGGUUUUGCCAGAAGGAAGUGAACCUCCCUAAGAUGCCAUAGGCUUUUGCAGGUGAAUAAAUUCAUAAGAUUGGCUUUUGCCGUUGGUCUAUCCUUGUUCUUACCUGUUUCUAUUCUUGCACAUCCAGUGUCAAUUGGAAGGAAACAUCUAGAUACUUCAUGUUAGAGAAUUUUGCAUGUUACCUGUUUUGUGCUUCUGGUGUAAUAUUUGAAAAAGGACUCGCAUUUGGGAGAUUAGCAAGUUGAUUCAUAUCUGCAGCAUGUACAUCUCCCACAUAUAAGACUCUCUUUUCAGAGAGUAUUGUAUCAGGGGCAUGGCGUUUUGCUUUCUCGGAUGCCAAUAAUUCUUGCAAGCAGGUAACAUCACUUGCAAGCAGGUAACAUGAAAACAAUGUUUUGUAUGUUCAGCUGGCCCUGACCACUUGGCUUCAAUGCGACUGUGAAAGUCUUCUUGUUCUCACUAAAGAGGAGGGUCCCUGAUUCUUGCCUUAGUUCAGAGUGCUCCAAGCAGUGAACUACAUAGAGGCUAUAGCAACAUUUGGAUUCAUAGAAUGACCAAGGAUGCUAUGAACAUCUGGAAGCAUCUGGAAGGCAAUGUUAUGGUGUCAUGUGAAUGCUGCUGGAAAACUCUUCAAUGCGUUUGUGGCUCUUUGCAAGGAUCACAAAGUUUGUAAUCAAUUUGCUUCAUGGAUUGUCCAGUUCGAUUGAGAGUCUCUGCAACAAUAGCCAACGUAAACAUUUAUGCCCUGCCACAGUCCAAUUAAUCCUUGAGGUUAGCUGCUUGCAGGCCUUAUGCUCUCUGUGGGAAGCUGCCACAUUGAAGUGUGUUUCAGCAGCCUUCAUUUGUGGGGAUGUAAUUAAAUUGGCCAUUCAUCCUGUAGAUUUAUCGGGCACGGCUCUCAGUUCUUUAACUGAACCACCUGUGCUUGAAUUGCUUCUGUGUCCUAAUAGGUGGUAUGAAUGGGAGAGGUUUGAUGCUGUGACAUAUUCUGCCACUUCUGGGUUUUGUGUGCAAAAACUCACGUUAUUGAGAUUCUGUUACUGUCUACAGGGUGAUGAGAGUAACUAGAACCUGUGUGCAUUUUGGGUGUAUAUGUUAAUUCAGGGGGGAUUUAAUAGUUAUGCGUUUACUUGUAUUUUAGGGAAAUUCUUGGAAAGAAUACAACUGAACCAACUAAGAAAAGGUAAGAAAUAAUAUAGGUGUUUCAUGUUUUUUGUUUAAAAGGCUUUCAACUAUCAAUAUAUUAAUUACUGUGUGAACCUUAACUGACACUGUAAUUUCAAGUGAGUGAAGUAACAUUUAAAAUAGCCAUGAUCAAGGAGUAGGACAAAACUGGUACACUUUUCCUCAUGUUCUAAAGUAAAUAAUUCAUUUUUAAAUUAUAAUUGUUGUUGUUUUGUUUUAUUUCUUGUACCCCGCCCAUCUGACUGGGUUGCCCCAGCCACUCUAGGUGGCUUUCAGCAAAAUAUAAAGGAAUACAACAAAACUUCAAGCAUUAAAAGUUUCCCAAAACAGCGCUGUCUUUAAAUGUCAACAGAAAGUCAUAUAAUGGUUUAUCUCUUUGACAUCUGAUAGGAGGGUGUUCCACAGGGCGGACACAACUACCAAGAAGGCCUUCUGCCUCAUUCCCUAUCUGCUCACUCAAAAAUCAGGCUUUUGUAGUUAUUCCCAAUAAUCCACACACACCUAAAGCAAUAUGGGUGAUGUCCACCAUACGGACAAAACCUCAAAAUGUGAAGACAUGUUUCAUUGUUACCUCUAACUGUAAGAGAAAGGUUAAUGAGGUGAGCAACAAGGCCCAUGUAAACCCAACUAGCAACUGCCAAAUUGCUCUCAUGGUACAGAACAUAGACUGCUUUCUACUUCAUUUAUUUCUGGCUUCUGUAUUUUAUCAGGCUGGGCAACCUAGAAAGGCUGUAUGCAAUACAGCAGUGGUCCUCCCACCCCAGAAAACUUGAAAAUGGCUGAGGGUCUUGGCAGAUCACUUAAUAACUUUUUUUGCCCGUUGUAAUUUCAGUGCCCUGUAUGGUGGAAAUAAAAUUGUCAUGCAAUAAAAUACAAUACAUAAGAAAUAAAAGAAGCAAUAAAAGACAGUUUUAAAAAUCAAUAUGAAUAUUUAAUAUGUGGGACCUGCUAUCUCCUAUCUACAGAAACGUCCUGGACAGCCUGAAUGAAGCUCAUGGACCACAGGGAACCCCUGUAGUAUACUGUGACACAUGACAAAUAUUUAAAUAAAUGAUUACUUUAAGUAUAGAUUUGACCUGGGAUAUAUUUCUGCAAAAUAUGAAUAAACAGAGAGCAGGCAACGCCAUUGGGGUGUGUGUGUGCUUCUUUAUCAAAAGCUAGUCAAAGCUGAAUAGCCAUGUGCAGCUUUGAACCUGAGAGUAUGCCUGACUUUUGCUGUCUUGAUCCUAGUGAGAAGCAACUGGAGUGUUUACUGACACAUUGCAUAAAAGUGCCAAUGCUCGUCUUGGAUCCAGCUUUGCGGAGCAACAUCACUCUUAAGGACCUGCCCUCUGUGUAUCCCCUGCUGAGAUCUGCCAACAAUAUAUUCCUGGUUGCCAAGCCAAAGAACCCUUCCACCAACGUUACUGUAGUUGUUUUUGACAGUUCUAAAGAAGGUAAGGAUCUAUUUUAAGUCUUCUCCCACUAAUUGGCAACAUAUGGUUUUAGUUUACCAUAGGAUUACUACUGUUUCAGGGGACUCUUCUCUAGGGGAUUUCCUUCUCCUCCUCCUCCUGUUGUUGCAAUGAUUAAAGGAUGUCAGUAGAUAAACUUAGGAGGCAGAGGAGAAUGUGUCCUAAAAAUAAGGUCCCCCGUAAAUGAAACUUGAUCUAGGUUUAUGUAGAGAAAUAUGUACACGUAGUGAUUUGGUGUCCCCCAGUUUAUAUGCAAAAAUAUUGGUGCCUCCUUAAUAAAAAUAACAUGACAUUACCACUUACUUCAUUUGGAGAAUAAUUUGUUAGUUUCUUAAUUUUUCAACAACAGCAGCAGAGAGGUUUUGCCUUGGGCAAAAUGUGGACCAUGUUGUAAUUGUUCUCUCAGUGCUCUGCAUUUUGCUUUCAUGAUGAGGUGAGGUGUUGCAUAGCCUGUUGUUCAGAUUCCCUUUCUAGUCCCUUGAGACACGCUGCUCACAGAGACACGGGUGCAUCUUCUUUGUCUGUACACAAGGAGAUGGUAGUUGUAUUUAUUUUUAUUUUGUUUAUGAAGCGCUUCCCAUAAAACACCCCAGAGCAAUUUUAACAUUAAAAGCAAUUCCGUGUCCAACAGAGGCACUGGGAUAAAACAAAUCUCUACUUAAAAGACUUGUUGGAAAUGAAAGGUCUUUAAUAGGCACCCAAAAGAUAAUAUGUGAGAUUGAGUUCCAAAGCAUAGGUGCUGCCACAUUAAAGGCCAAAUUCCUAGGUCAUAUGGAACAGAUUGACUGACAAUAUGGUAUCUGUAGGAGGUCACUGUCUGCAGAGCACAGUAAUCAGAUGACUGUAUAAGGGUCGAGACAGUCUUUUAGGUAUCCUGAUCACAAGUAGCAUAGGACUUUGUUCCAGCACCUUGAACUUAACCCCGUAGCUAAUUCACACAAAAUAGCCCAGUGAGGACUUUCUUUGGGGGGAGAGUGUUGGAAAAGGGAGGGAGGGACAUUAAAUGGAGCUGCUGGAAUCCUUCAUACUGCAACAUUUUGUUACAGAUCCCACCCUCCAGGUAAAACAUCUUUUCUUACUUCUUAUUCUUACUUCUACAAUAGCUGAUGGAGAGAAAACCCCUCAUCAAGGGACUGUGGCAUUGUGAUUUGUUUUUUGCAUUGGCUAACAAAUAUUGCCUUUGGCUUUGAAAUUAGAUAACCAGCUCUGAUGGUUCGGGGGCAAGUUAUCCCCAUUCUGCAGUGUUGUUGUUAAAAAAUAUUUAUUUCAUAAAAUUUAUAUAGCACUGGAUUGUAAGAGAAAACUUCAAAGUGUCCAUAGCAAGUAUAUGUGAGAUCUCAAAAGAGUUUUUAUUUACAAAUUAUGCAGUGUAUUGCUGCAAAAAUUCUGUAAAAGUUUUGACCUGUGAUUUGAAUUAUUGAACAUUUCAGCCGAAGAUGUCCAUUCUCAGAUGUUAAAGGAAAGCAGCAAGCAAGCAGUGUGGAGAGGCUAUUUGGUAUGUUCCUUUAAAAUGAUGUUGGUAUAUAUACUAGAAAGGGACGCGGGUGGCGUUGUGGUCUAAACCACAGAGCCUAGGGCUUGCUGAUCAGAAGGUCGGUGGUUCGAAUCCCUGCCACGGGGUGACCUCCCAUUGUUCGGUCCCAGCUGCUGCCCACCUAGCAGUUCAAAAGCAUGUCAAUUGCAAGUAGAUAAAUAGGUACCACUCCGGCGGGAAGGUAAACGGUGUUUUUGUGUACUGCCAGAAGUGGCUUAGUCAUGUUGGCCACAUGACCUGGAAGCUGUCUGCAGACAAACGCCGGCUCCCUUGGCUUAUAGAGCGAGAUGAGCGCGCAACCCCAGAGUCGUCUGCGACUGAACCUAUGCUCAGGGGUACCUUUACCUUUAUAUAUACUAGAAAGUUUGGAUCCUUGCUUGGAUGCAAGGUCCUGUUUCUUAAAAUUCUUUAUUUUGCUGUAAUAUUUCCAUAACUGCUGUAAUAGCCUGUAAGUAAAAUUCUCAUGCUAAAAGCGUGAGUUCUCCCCUAGGGGGCACAAUGGGGAAGAAAGUGUUAGUCAUUUUAAAAAAGAAUUAAGAAAAUAAUAAAUUCCAUUACUUGCAGACUACAGACAAAGAAGUUCCUGGUUUAGUAAUAAUGCAAGACUUAGUUUUCCUCAAAGGAUUUCCACUUACAUUCAAAGAGACAAAUCAACUAAGAGCAACACUGCCCGAAAACCUUGCUUCCAAGAUAAAGCAGGUAAGUGUCAACUAGUAUAAGAGCAAAAUCUAGCAGAUGAUUGUGAAUAAUGGAGUAAACCUUCUGCUAAAAAUCAUUUUCUCCUUGCACGCAAAUCAAAAUGAUUUUCUCCUGUGCUGUUACUGUAUUCAUUUACCACUGUAGUAGUCUCAUAGGUUAUUCAAAAGAUGCCAAAUCCUGAUUUGAAAACUUUGGCUGCAAACUAAAAAUUCUGUUGGAGAUGGCCUGCUUGAGGCAGAAAAUCCAAGAGGCUGGUGUAGUUCAGGGGUUGGCAAGGUUUACCUCGUCUGGGCCGGUUCACUCCAGCAGAGAUCCCUCUGUGGGCUGGAUCGUGCAGCGUGCAGGGACUCACCGAGUGGGUGGCUCAUGGGCCGGUUAAAUGACCCCCGUGGGCCACAGGUUGCCGACCCCUGGUCUAGUUCUGCAUAUGCCCCAUACAUUGAAAGCACUAUCCCCGCUCCAAAUCCUGGGAACUGUAGCUUACCUCUCACAGAACUGCGUUUCCCAGCACCCAUAACACACUUCAAUUCCCACGAUCCUUUGGGUGGUCCCUUUAAAUGUAUGGUGUGUACACAGCCCCAGGGUCCUACAAGACCUUACCCAGCUCCACAAUUCUAUGAGCUCUGGCACCCUGAAUUACAAGCCACUGGAAAUGUAAAUUAUGUACCUGCAUAUGCCCAAUUUUGCGUUAGCCCAAUAAAUAUCCUUGACAUGCUUUGCAAAACAGUUUGCUGCAUUAUUCUAAACUGAAUUCGCAAAAAAUUCUGCCUAACAGUGUUGGUCAACACACAGCUGGUUGGACUGAAUUCAAAGUUGCAUGCAUGCCCUAUGUGCUCUAUGUAUAGAACCAUAUGCUUACACAUUGCAUAUAACUUUUAUAUAGGAUCUGUGAAGCUACUCCCAUCAUUUUUUGUGAGUUAAUGACUUAAAGAGCUUGGGCAAUCCCAGUGGGAUUUUGGUCUUCCCCAUCCUCCUCACUCUUUGAACAGCAGAGCCAUCUUACAAGCAUCUUUUGGUUUCAAAAGUGGUAUGCAGCCUGAUAGGCUGAUGUUUGAGGAACUCGGCCCCAAAGUGCCCUUAGGCACCCAGACGUUAGUGUGUAGUUCAUUGGAUCCCAGCCAUUAUCCUUGCUCAGAUGACUUUGUUAAAUCCUUACUACAAGAAAACUGUUCUAUUAAAUUGUUCCCUAUUGCAAUAGUUAAACCCCAAGUAAUGUUGUGUUUCUGCUCUCAAAACUGGAUACAAGUCUGAUUAUUUGAGUGCCUAUUUAGCUGUUAUAUUGUUGCACCUCAAGCUGGUCUUCUCUUUAACGGUACGGAUUGAUGGAAUGAAUGUCUUGCAAUCAAUUUAAAUUGCACAAUUUUGCAUUUGAGCAGAACAAUGAAAUUCUGUAAGAAAAGAAAUCCAAUCCAGUUCCAAUCCAAGGCAUUGGAAGUUGGAAGAAAAAGUUGGUACCAUUGAAACAAAUAAUUUGUUUCAUUUAAUGCCAUCGUCCGAAAUUGCAACACUGCGUAGAAAUCGGCAAUUGGCCACUAGGUGUCACCCUCCUCUUUUCAAAUCUUUGUGAAUGUUUGGCCCAAGGUUUUGCAAAGGUGACCUAAAAAUAAAUAUUCCAAGCUUAUGCCCUUCUUGAGCCAGAGAGUUCAGUGCUGUUAAACCAGUAUUUCAGUGCCAUUGUAGCUAUUUACCUACCAUACACAAAAAUGAAGGAGUGAUUCAUUUCUCUUUUUUUGUUAUAAAGUUUGAAACCCAGUGUUUGUCCAAACAUUCCGACUGUAGCUGUUACUCAAAACUUUCAUAUCUGUCUUGCGAUUUUUGCAUGCUACAAAUCUGGGGUGCUGUGUGUGGGAAGGACUUUCCAUGAUACUCAUUUUUUUAAACAUCACAGUUCCUUCAAUAUUUGAUUCUGGUGGCUGAAUUUUGGCUGCAAGGUGCUCACAGACUAAAUAUAUGACAAUAGAUUGAUGCCAAGCAAUACACUUUGUUCCACGACUAUAUUUAAACUUGAUUCUAGUAACUUCUGAUACCUCUUCCUGAAAGUGCUAGAGCUGAAGCCUGUGGCAAUAAUGUUAUUUAUAGACAACUUUAAGGAUUAAUCAUGCUUAUAAUAUUGUAGUAUGUUGUACAGGCUGUGUUAGAAACUGGAGGCUAUUUUCUGGAUUUUAACUGCAGUCUAUAUUAGGGGCGGGAAAACCUUUUGAUCCCAAGGGCCACAUUCUAUUCUGGCAAUCCUUCCAAAGUUGUGCAGGGCCAAAAGUGACGUCUAAUUAUUAACCACAGCUUCCGGUUUUCUCGGAACCCAAUGAAUUGUGGUUUGAAAUAAAAAAUUAAGAAUCUUUAUUUGCAUCAGCAACUAGCCAUAGCAAUAAAAUAAAACACAAUGCACUGAAGAUAGAGGCGAAAACUUAACUAUACAAAAUAUAUUCUGGAGGUUUACAUCAAUCAAUCAAUAAAUGGAUCUUAAUCUAAUUGCCCCUGCUAAUUUUUUUGCAGUUUUUGUUGUCACCUGGUUAUCUUGAUCAGCUAGAAGAAAGGACACAGUAGCAAUGUCUGAGCGACCUGGUUUGGGGUAGUAUAGAGUGGUAAUAACCUCACUCCUCAAAUCUUUAUAAAGAGUGCAAACCAGAAGCACAUGAGCCACUGACUCAAUACUGCCACAUAAGCAUUUUCCUGGUGGAUUUUUUUGAAACUGACCCGCAAGUACAGCCGAAGGCAGUAUAUUUAAUCUUGCCCAAGUGAAAGUGCCUCUGUGUUUUGGAAUUGUUAGAUUUUGCAAAUAGGGUGCCAACCUAUCAAAACGACUAGGUGGGAAAUAAUCAUACCAUGGGCAAAAAUUCCUUACUACUUAUGUUGAAUUGAUCCAGCUUCAUAAACUGUGGUUUGAAGUUUGCUUGUUCUAAACUAAAGGGUAGUAAAGGGGUGACUGAGUAGCACAGUUUGAUUCAGGAAUGCCUUUCACUGGGGUGAGGAACCUGCAGCUCUCCAGAGUUUGUUGGACUCCAGUGCCCAUCAGCCCCACCCGGCAUUGCCAGUGGUGAGGAUGAUGGGCAUUGUAGUCUAGCAAUACCUGGAAAGUCACAGGUUGCCCCACCCCUGCCCUGGAGCCAAGAAGCUUGCUUACACGUAUGGCCUAUGAAAAGACAAAUUCUUACAUUUCCUUAACUCAUUUGGCAUGAAUAGACUCAGGUGGUUGUGAGAAUUUGUUUCUCUCUUGCGUUUGUGUUCUAAACAAACCAUUGCUAAAAUUAACUGGAGCAUGUCAAAUUUUGACGAAACAGCUAACUGCUGUUAACCAAAACUGGAAGUGAAAACUUCUGAACACUUACUAGUGAUUGUUCCAGGGAGAGACUAGAUUGAUUCCCUUCACAGUAGACCGUGAUUUAUUGUAAUGUCUGAACAUGGCCAGUAUGUGAAUGACUUCCUUUUGUCAGUUAUGAGCUUUCCGCUUGGUAUUAUCUUAGUAAUCUUAGUAUUAGAAGAAAAGAAGAAGAAGAAAAAAUACUUUUUCUCCACCUCCACCAUUCAUAAUUCGAUAAUCAGUUUUUCACCACUUGGUAGCUCUCCUUGUUAGUCAUUUACUUAAUUUGGGAUCCAUUUGGGGAAUAUGCUUUUAUCAGUACGGGUGUUUUGUUUGUUGGGACUUGGAACCACUGAGAAAACCCAGGAAAAGAUCGAGCUUUGUUUUAUUCAGGGUAACUUUAUGCAUCCUUCCAUAGCGAUGAGGAUGAAGAGGAUAAGAGACAGGGAAAUCCUGUGUCCUUAAUACAGCCUUCCUGUGUGCAGUGGAAACUUCUGCGAAACAUUGCAUAAAUAUAUUUUCGAUGAUGCACAGUGGAGGGGACAGCAUGACAUUGUUCUCCUAAAUAAAUGCGAGGCUGCUUGAUGGCAGCUUUGCAAUCCGUAGCAUUUCCACAGCAUUAUUUUUGGAGAGCGCUUGCUGGUAUCCAUAACUCUACCUCCGUUUCAACAACUACCGAGGCCACCCUUUCAUCGGUUUGUCCAGAUGAUGAUGCUCUGGAAGGGCUGAGAUUUAUCGGAUUUUCCCCAUGACAGACCUCAUGAGUCAGAUUUAGAGCUAUCGGGUGGCGCAUGAAUUCAAACCAUCAACGGCCUUAAAAUGUCACAAGCGUGACAGCUGGGCCUAUGUUUGCUGUGAGAAUGGGAUGGGUAAACGGGACAAAUGUCUGAAAGGAAAGAGGAAAGGUCAGUUUAAAAAAGAAAAAGAAACGAUUCUGGGGUUGGGGUUCAUUUAUGUUGGACAAAUGUAAUAUAAAUACACUUGAAUAGCAUUUGUAAAAAAAUAAUCUGGCAAUAUACUGCUAUAAAGCAUUAAAUGCGGCGUGUGGAACUUUUUCCCAGCGUGAGGAUCACUUUCCAUCGUGGGCAUCUAUCCACUUUCCUUAUGCCACGUGUGAUUUUCUAAACUUCCGUCAACUCGUCUCUUGCCUUUUAUCUAAGCUGAAAAGUCCCAAAUGCUGCAACCUUUCCAAAUAGAGAAUCGUUUUCCUCAUAAGGAGCUGCAGUUUUAUGGGAAAGUCAGAUGGACAGGGAAAGGGGAUUGCAUUUAAGCUGGGCAAAAAUUGAUUUAUUGCAUGGAUAUAUUUCAAAUAUUAAAAAUGCACUUGGGUUGGUUGCCCCCCCCCCCCCCCCGGCCACUGCUGCCCAGUGGAAUUUCACAGCCUCUGAUAGUGAUGUAUUUUGGCGCGCACACAAAAUGGGUGCAUAUGAGCAACUAAGCAAAGUAUAUAAAUGAAUAUUCCUCUUUGCAAUUAGCCUUUAAAUCCCAGAGGCUGCAUGUAUCUUUUGCUUUCUAACAUUGGUUCAAUUCUGGUCGUAUGAGCUGCCGUUAACACAACUUUCGCAAAUACUUAUAUAGUGAGCAGUUGCUCACCUUCUUCCUCUGCUCAGUGCUGCUGUGGCUCUUGAUUCUCUCCUUGGCUCACACUGUAGGUAUGCCUUUGGCCAUGGCUCUGCUUCUGCAUAUUGAAGCUUUAAAGGGCUACUACUUAUAGCCCAUUAAGACUGACAGAGGGAAUCUGAACCCCCUUUACAUCCACCUCAGUGCAGUCCAUUAGGUCAAUGCUCUGCCGAGAGGCCGUGCAAUCCAGCUGCUCUCUGGUAGACUGUACAGUGUUUCUUUCAUAUGGCGCACAGGUUAGCCACUUAGGAGUUUGCCUGGGGUUAACUUUACUUUCCUGAAGUGAGGAGCAAGUUGCAAUGCUGCCUUUAACACGCCUACACAUGGCUAAGCUUUCAGAUCUCACCUUGCGACCAGUGUAACUUUUUUACUUUUUUCUGUUGACCACUUGCCUCAGUAAAUACAUCUGAAGAUUGCUUUCUUUGAAUAAGAAAAGCAGCCCGUUGCCCUUUGUGAGCCACAAUUGCUGUUUGACGUUGUGCCUACUGCACCAACCUUUUGCCUCCCCCUGAUCUAGCCCAUUAUGAAAGCUGAUAUCUAGACUUAACUGGUGGCAAGUGUUAAAAAUAGCAAGCAGAUCAAACAGUUCCCCAGUAAUAAAUGACCUUAGCGGUGGAUUGGAAAUCUUGGCUGAGGAUUCGGAGAAGACCCACAAAUGGAUUAGUUCUGGAGCCUUUUUGAAUCUCAGAUUUCUAGUUCCUUUAAGCCAUUUCAGAAAUGUGUAUUGGCGAACACAUAGAUAAACAAACAACUGAUGGGCAGCUUCAUUUCAGGAUAUGGUAUAGUAUCUUAAAAAUGAAAUUUGUUGCAAAUGGUAUUUUCAGUUUAAGGAGACUGGAUGUUACAGGAUCUUAAAGUUGGUUUAUUUUUAUUUAUUUAUUUUAAAAAAACAAGAAGUCCUAGAUGCACUGUCCAAGGAUUGUAGUGCAAAUAAUUUCUAGGACUCUAUAGCUGCAUUCAGACACAAUUACUGGGGUUCAGUUGCAAAACAAGACCUGUGCUUAUGCACUUUUCCCUACCCCUCACUUUCUUCUCUUCUUGUGCUUGGCUUACUUGACCAUUUCCUGCUUUGAUGUAACCAUAGUUUAUCAUUUUAUCUGGACCAGCAAACAGUGGUUUGAGCAAGCCUUCCAAACCACAAACCAGCAUCAAACUGUGACUUGCAAUCCUGAUUUGGAGUCUUAACUUCAACUGUCAUGAUUUGGAUGUAAUAGCAAACUACAGUUUAAGCAAAUCAGGAAUUUAUGGAGCCACGUGCGCCAGGGAUUACUAUAGCACAGGAGUUGUUAUCAUUGUUUGGACGAUAGAAGUUACGUCUGAAUACAAUUUCUCUUUCUAGCCAAAAUUUAAAGGAUGAGUGUUGAAACUAACUCUUGUUGGUUUUCAUCUGUUUUAUCUACCUAACUUUUAGUGUGUUAUGGGGGAACAGGUACUGUCUUUUCCUGAGAAAGGUAGAAGCUGACAUAUGCUGAAGAGAGCUAGCGUGGAAAAAUGGAUCAAGUGUUAGACUGAGAAGACCUGGGUUAAAUCAUGAAACUUAUGGAUUUAUAAGAGGCUCUCUCUUAGCCUAACCUUCCUUAUGGGAUAAAUUUGAGGAUUAGAAUGGGAUAGCUUGCAUAUACUACCCAGGGCUUCUUGAAGAAGAGGCAGGAUACAGAUGUGGUGAUAAUAAUCUGGGUCCAUAAUGAUGUGGAACCAUCUGGAUGAUGCACACAUGAUUCCGCAACAAAAAGGCUUAUUUGUUUAUGGCCUCAUAACAUAAGGUUAUCGGAGCCAUUUACAGUAUAUCAGUAUAAAAACAAUAAUGGGACUGCACUGGUUAUUUAAAAAGCUUAGGUGACUUAGUGCUGGAAAGAAGACAAGGAUGGCGCCAGGUGACCUUCUCUGUGAAGGCCGUUCCAUAACUAGGGUGCCUCCACCAAAAAGGCCCUCUCCCUGGUGGUGACCCACUUCACUUUAUUCGGUGGGGGCACUUGGAUUGGGGCCUCCAAAGAACAUCUUAAGAUUCAGGUAGGUACGUAUGGAAGACGAUGGCUUUAAAUUUAAAUCAGCAAUUUAAACCAGCACUUUAAAUUGGGCCCAGAAACAGACUGGAAGCCAUUGUGGAGUGAUCCUCUUCAGGUUCCUCCAUUGCACCACCACCCUAACCGAGCAUGCUCAGUCCACAGGGUUCCCUCUGCCCUGUAAAGAUUUUUGCACUUCCACAAACGUUGAGGUCCCACUGAGCGUGGGAAUACCUCCCUGUUGUGCAUGGAGAUUACAAGUUUAUCUAUAAAAGGAUCAGCACAUGGAGAACUCAGAUCGCUAUACUGUAUAAUGUUCAAUUGUUAGUCUUUCUUUGAGAAAUGUUCCCUUUUGAUUCCCAGGUGCAGUUCCCUUAUGAGUGAUACCUUUUAUGAAUGAUACCUAUUUAUGUUUCAUUUGGAUUACAGUUUUGUAUUGAAUUUUCUGCCCUCCCACCUACCUCUUCUAACUUAUGGCAAGAAUAUUGUGCUGUCAGUGAGUCAUGCAAAAACAACAACACCCCAACACAUUUCAUUUGUGGGUACGUGCCAGGAUUGGAAUAUUGGUUUCUCCUUUGUAGUUGCAGCUUUAUUCGGAAGCUGGCGUAGCUCUCUUGCAACUGAAUAACCCUAAGGAUUUCCAAGAGCUGAUCAACCAAGCUAAGAAGAACAUGACUAUAGAAGGGAAAGAACUGACGCUUAAUCCUGCUUAUUUAUUAUGGGAUCUCAGUGCCAUCAGCCAGGUAGGAGUCGUUCUCUGGUGUAUGGGCAUGCUAUUAUGGCAAAGCUUCGUGAGAUUUAGGUAACGGAUGACAAUGAAAACACGUUAUAGUGUGACAUAGAGAAUUGGCAGCAAUUUGAAAACUGUAUUCCACACAGCAGGAGUAGUCAAUGUGAUGCCCUCCUGUCAUCCCACACUAGUUAGGGCUGGCCUCCUUUUGCAGGCUUCUGGCCUAUGCUAGCUGAGGGAAGUGACAUGGAAUUGUUGUUGAAUAGAGUUACACAGACCUUAAUGAUGGCAGUAGCAGCAAUGAAAGACAGCUAACAAGAUGUGACACUUUAAAUCCUUUACUGCAGAUAUCUUAAAACUUACUGUAGAUGUGAGAGCCUGGAAUGGAAAAUGGUGGAGGACACCCCCACAAACACGCCCCCACACAACCUUUUAAUUUCCUCAACCCUUCAUGUAUUUAGCUGUGAAAGGGGCACAUGUAGUUAUCUCUGAUGAGUUUUGCCCCAAGCCUGCCAGCUCUUUUCCUGGCUUGACAGAAAUUAUUUUCCGGUUUUAUACUUCAAAACCCAUUAGCUGACAAGCCUGUACACAUGUCCCCUCUACCCUGAAAUUAUCUCUAUUUAGGCAAAGCACCACAUGAAUUCGUCUUUAGUGUUUUAAAAUGAAUAAUGGCAGCUUUUAGACGCAAAUGUUGCUCUCAUUCUGUCGGUAUAGUUGUGUGUCACUGUCUUUUAAUAGUCUAAACAGGAUGAAGAUGUUUCAGCCAGCCGUUUUGAAGACAAUGAAGAGCUGCGGUAUUCACUGCGGUCAAUAGAGAGGCAUGCUCCCUGGGUACGGCACAUCUUCAUAGCCACCAACGGGCAGAUUCCUUCCUGGCUUAAUUUGGAUAACCCCCGGAUAUCUAUAGUAACUCAUCAGGUAAAAAGUGUCUGACUCUGUUAUCUGGGAACUCUUGCCCUAAAUUGCAUCAAUAAGGAGUGUGUGAUAUACAGGCAUAUUUGUGUGAAGUUUUCUUCGCUGCAAUUGCACCGUACACGUGAAACGCUGACUUAAAUUGUUGGAUCCAAAUGACAUUUGGAAAGCGUUUUGAAACCUCUCAUAAGAUUCCCCCCCCCCAAUAAUAUUUUCUUUUAUUAUUCUAGGAGAUAUUUCAGAAUUUGAGUCACCUACCCACUUUUAGUUCUCCUGCCAUUGAAAGCCACAUUCAUCGCAUUUCAGGUCUGUCCCAGAAGUUCAUUUAUUUAAAUGAUGAUGUGAUGUUUGGAAAGGAUGUGUGGCCUGAUGAUUUCUUUAGUCACUCCAAGGGUCAAAAGGUAAGCCAUCACAAAAUAAUUUUAUUUAUUCAAUUUGAGAGAUCAGACACCUUUCUGUUGGAAACACGCCCGGGAAGGCCACCAACUUCCCAAGUCUCUGGGGCGUCUCUCUGAUGGUCCUCCCUGGCUGUAAAUCUCCCUCAGUCCAGAGAGACCGGUGAUAAGCGACCCCUCUCUCCUGAGAAGAGCACACUCUGGCAUAUCAUUGCAGAAGAAAGACUCAAUCAGUAGCUCUAAAACUACUUUAUUUACAGUCUAUAUACAAAGACUUCAUCAGCACGUCUGUGCUCUUUGAGCACCAGUACAGAAACAGCAGCACAUUCAGAAGUGAAACCAGCUUCCAACAGUACCGAUACUUCCUUUCUCACGCUCUCUCAGACACUCACAUGAUAUACACAAAACAUAGUGCUACUACUGGAGCAGCACGGACGCAUAGAAAUCCUAACACUUUCGUCAUUUGGGAGAUGCCUAGUUUGAUUUUGCUUUCACCAAGUUUGACAAUAACAUAGGUGACUAAUAUGAGAACAAAACUUAUAAAUGGUAAGGUUGAUAAGUCAGAAUUUGCACAAGCCAUGUGCACUUGCAAGCAGCCCUUUCACUGCUUUUUCUGUGUGAGCAGCAAUACAAAGCAGGAAGCCAAUUAACCAUAGCUUCCCAUUACAGUUAUGAAGGGUUUGCAAGUCUGGCUUGUUUAGAAACCAUUAACUAUAUUACCUAGUUUGUGUGUAUUGGCAGGUGUGGUUCAUUUUGACUUCCCUGUGUGUUUCGUAUGAUGGAGCUCAUGCAUGUUGUGGUUUAUUAAACCAAGUUUUGAUGGUGCAAAUGCAAUCAGUUUGGUUUUCCAGUGAACUGACCUCUAAAAACCAGAAUAUUUAAAGCAACAUUUUGGAUUGUGGAGAUGGGGGUAAAGGUGCAUUUUGCAAUGAGUAAUCUCUACUGAAUAUAUUAAAUCGCAAAGCUCUUAGUGCAAAAACCACAAAAAUAUCUAAAAAUGAUUAACUAUGUAAGAAUUAUUUACUAUUCGUUACUUAGAUUCUGUUUCCCUAGUCAAAAAUAUCCAUUUAUUUGCAACUAGGGUGCCAAGUAUUUCUGUAUCGCUGCUGGCGAGUAUUUUGAAGGGUGACCCUGUGAAUAAUACAUGGUUUAUGCACCCUUUAUAAGUGAUGCAGUAUGCAUCUGCUUUGUACUUGGGUGCUGGAGCCAGAAUUCAGAAUGCAUUGUGAGAAGUUUCCCUCAGGAUCAGUUUGAUGCUUCUUGGCCACAUCCUGGAACGUAUCUGCUUCCUCUUGUGCUUCAAGACUUGGGCGGUGAUAGCCAUUUGUGGGAGCUCGCUCACACAACAACCAUUCCACCAGCACAGGGAUGCGGAAACUAGGCCAAAUUUGACCCAGCAGGUUUGCCCUGUGAGUCUGUUGCUCUCAAAACUUCACACACCUGCCCCACACCUGACAGCUGAACUUUGUUAUUGGAGCAAGGUACAACCGCUCAUCAGCUGGUGACAAUGGGAGUGCAUUUUGCUCCAGGAACAUGAAGUUGUUUGCAUUGAAAGCAAAGGGGGAAAGCUCCAUUCUAGCAGCUGUUUCAGUGCAAGCUUUGACAGCCUGCCUGUCAAUCAUCUGACAUCACAAUGACACCAGGUGAUUUACUGCCCCAGCUACCUUUGAAAGUUGGCCCAAAGAUCUGCCCCCCAUGAGCCAGAAAGCUUCCUCAUCCCUCGCACUACCAAGACUCUUGUUCUUAGUGUAGUGCAACAAAUGAGUGUCUUGCCCUUGGGAAAGACGCUGUGCCGCUCCUGCUAUAAUUAUACUUCGUGACAGUUGUACAUUACUGUUUUCACUAACGAUAGCACAACAACACCAACUCUCUAAUUUCUGGUGCUAAUGUUACAUUGGAUCUCACUUUUAAUAAGUAUCCGUCUCCUCGUCUGAGUGCUAUUGAAAAGGACAUGCCGCCAUGCAAAAAUAGCGACACAUCAAAUAAUGUGAUUUAAUGUCCCUUUCCCUUUUGUAUGCCUUCACAGAUUUAUGUCACUCGAGCAGUAUGGCUAAAAAGAAAGAAAAGCUGGAGAGUUUAUAUCUCUAAAGAAGGGAUAUUGUAUAGAUUGAAAACAUUCUGAAAAUAGAAAGAAGAGGAUGGAGAAUCAAUAUUAUUAUUUUUUUGUAAAAAUAUAGCAGGUUGACAUCCUUGGAAAGGCAGAUAGUCAGAUAAAAGUAAAGUAGGUUAGUUUAGCUUUAAACUAGCUGUAUUCAUUCAUCUAAUUACUGGUACUGUUGGGCAACAAUUAAGGCUGAAUGUCAGAUAACUUCAAAUCAAGUAGAGGUCAGUGUUUCGGUCCCCAAGAAAUUUCCUGUUCACCUUUAGAGUACAAACAUAGGAAUUGCAAAUCAGUUUGCUGCGUAGAAGUGAAUUUAAAUACGUUCCUAGGAGCUGUGAGAAUAAAGUGGUUUUGUCUCCAUUAUCAGGUUUACUUGACUUGGCCUGUUCCAAACUGUGCUGAGGGAUGCCCUGGUUCCUGGAUCAAAGAUGGCUACUGUGAUAAAGCCUGUAACAAUUCCGCUUGUGAUUGGGAUGGUGGUGACUGCAUUGGUAAGGGAGGCAUAAGUACUGAAACCUGGCUUUUUGCAUUUCAGAAGUCCGGAGACACUGAUAUAUUAUUUUGCAAAUGUGAAGAGAUGAUCUCUUCGGAGCGUAUUCUUGCAGACUCUUGGGUAGCUCUAGAUGUAAGCUCACAUUUGAAAAAGCCCAGUUGCUUUCACAGUGCACUCUUGUCUCAGCACUAAAUCGCAAUAGUGAGCAGCAUUGACUCUGGGUGUCUUCUGUGUAAAGGAAAAGGAGGCACUGGAUAUAAUCACACUUUUCCUGGAGAGAGUAAUCCAUGCAGGGAAAAAAGAGUAUGCCACCAUGUGAAAAACGUUCUUUUUUUUGCAAGUCAGGUAGCUGAUGCUUUUCUAGUUGGGAUGUAGCAUUCCUAACCUUAGGGCAGAUUGUUGUCUUUUGACAACAGAGAUUCAGUGGUGGUUAGCGAAAUAAUUUUGCUCCAGAUUUUGUCUUUUUUAUCUGUACUGGGGUUUUUUAGGAUAAUUUGUUGGCUAGGCUUGAGCUUCCCUGUUUUCCAGACAGUGGACAUAAGAGAUGCAUACCUCCCCGCCCUCAUGCUUGCAAAAUUGAUAACCUUAGGGAUGUAUUUGUUUCCUGUAUAAAGUAUCCUUUCAUUUAAAGCAUACAGAAUUGGAUCAUGAGUUAAGAACCAUGCUGGGGUCUGUUUUCAGAAAUGCUUAACCAACUCUUAACUUGUACAUUGAGGCUUUUUUAAACUCAGCAGUGAGCAGUUUUCUACACUGUGUUACCCUUUUUCUUUUAUAGGUAGUAGUAUUGGUAACCGUUAUGGUGCAGGUGGUGGAGCUGGUGUCGGUGUUGGGAAUGUUGCUCCCUGGCAGUUUGGGGCAGGAAUAAGUGGCGUUUCUUACUGCAACCAAGGCUGUGCAAACUCAUGGCUGGCUGAUAAAUUCUGCGACCAGGCAUGCAACGUCCUUUCUUGUGGAUUUGAUGCUGGUGACUGUGGACAAGGUAUGUUAAAACAAAUGGAGUCCCUGCAGCCUUUUGGCUCUUCCAUACUGUUUAAUGUAUGUCUGGUGCAGUCAUUCGGUCUACAUUGAUGGAAGGGAGUUGCUAGAUUUAACUGUACUUUGACUACAUUUGAGAGGGAGGGGGGAAAGAGAGAGAGAGUCCAUCCAAUGUCCAUCCAGUGAUGAACUCAUAAUAUCACAUCCAAAUUAGUCCAGUGUAAGAGAGAAAGAAGGGGGAAAGAGAUGCCCAAUAUUAAUAUGUAUGGACUAGCUCCUCUGAAUCUUUCCUUCCUACUUAAAUGUUUAGCUCUGCCUUGACUGUAAAGAGUUAUUGAAGGCAGACCUAAUGCUUGAAAGACACACUUAGACUUUAUUUUUAAAAAUAUAUUUAUUUGUUCAUUUAUGCCGUUUAUCUAUUUGCACAGACUAGGUGGUGCUGUACCUUUAUGAAUAUUUUGAAUUAAGGUUUACCGUAUUUUUUGCUCUAUAAGACUCACUUUUUCCCUCCUAAAAAGUAAGGGGAAAUGUGUGUGCGUCUUAUGGAGCGAAUGCAGGCUGCGCAGCUAUCCCAGAAGCCAGAACAGCAAGAGGGAUUACUGCUUUCACUGCGCAGCAAUCCCUCUUGCUGUUCUGGCUUCUGAGAUUCAGAAUAUUUUUUUUCUUGUUUUCCUCCUCCAAAAACUAGGUGCGUCUUGUGGUCUGGUGUGUCUUAUAGAGCGAAAAAUACGGUAAUUCUUUCUAUUCCUUCAAUACAUCUCAAACCAUUAUUUAUUUUAAGAUGUUACACUAUAUUUUGGUUUUGUUUCAUUUUCUUAUGUGUAUCAUUAUUUAGUAUAUAUUAUUUGUAGUUUGGUUAGUUUGUUGUAGUCUUCUAUAAUUUUCAGUGUUAUAUUGGCUUGACACCAAAUGAGUUACAGUACUGUGUACGUUAGCAUUAUGGUAAUUCCAAUUCUGGUGUUUUACAACUCUUUAUUUUGGAAAAGCGAUGUUUGUUGUUCUUAAUGUUAAAAAAUCAAUAACAAUUAUUUUAAUAAUAAAUAACUGCAAGCAUUGCAGGGUCACCUUGGAGGAAGGGCAGCAUGAAAAUGCAGAUGAUACAAAUAAUUCUCUGGAGAUUAUGUGAUGUUUUAUGUAGUUUUAAAUUGUAUUUUUAUUGUGUGUUUGAUAUGUGAUUUGUAAACCACUUUAGGGAGAAAUUUUCUUUAAAAGCAAUAUGCAAAUAAGCCAUAUAAGUAAACACAUUUAUGUUUUUCCAGAUCACUUUGAUGAGCUGUACAAAGUGACUCUUCAAAAGAACCAGACUCAUUAUGUCAUUCCAAAAGGCGAAUAUUUGCCCUUUUUCAGUUUUGCUGGAAUAGCUAAGAAAGGGCUUGAUGGCGCCUAUAGUGAUAACCCAAUAAUCCGCCAUGCUUCCAUCGCCAACAAAUGGAAGACCAUCCACCUGAUAAUGCACAGUGGAAUGAAUGCAACUGUGAUCCACUUCAAUCUUACAUUUCAAGGUAAAGAGGAUGACGAGUUCAAGAUGCAGAUCACCCUGGAAGUUGAUACAAGAGAAGAGCCAAAAGUAAACACAACGUCUACCCAGAAGCCUGAAGGUGAUGCAAAAGCUGCAACUUUGGUGCCAGAAGCUGAAAUGAUAUUUGAGGAUAUCCCUGAAGAAGAACGUUUCCCAAGAAUCAGAAGCCACCCAAAUGGCACAACAGAGAAUCUGGACGGGGACAUAGUAAUUCAACUGCUUAACAUUUCUGCUCUUCCGGAAGAUGUGAGGCUGGCCCUACAGAACCUAGAUUUGCAGCUAGCUAUUGGUGACAUCACACAGAAAGGGUACAAUCUGUCUAAGGCUGCUCUCCUGAAAUCCUUAGGGAUGGUACCAGCAACAACGAGGGCUGCAUUAAACAAUUCCCAGAAGAUAAGGGGAAAGGAAGUAGUUGACGGCUUGGAAAAUGGGAAGAAUCACACGAUUUGGCAGAAACCUGACCAAGAUGCCAGGGAUGGCAGAAGAGAUGUAGAAAGAAGAAUGCAUGAUACGUUCCCACUGGAGUUCAAACCAGCAAAUACUACUCCAGUGGCUAUGAAGGUGAACAGCCAUUUCCCACUAAGACACGGCUCUGUGGUAAAAUCUAAAUCUGUACCUUUAACCCAGAAUACGGGUGAGCGACUUGAAUCUCCAGAGAAAAUCCUAAAUGUCCUUGUACAGAAAGAAGCUCAGAAGACAAAAGAAAUGAGGGAAGGAAAAACUGCAGGGAGAAAAAAGGAAGAGGUGGAUGCCAUGGAGGACGUAGCCGAAAGUCAAGGCUUACCACGAAGGAAAUUGCAGCAUUACACUGGAAAUUACCGAGGCUUUUUGCCGUGGGAGAAACAGAAAUACUUCCAAGACCUUCUUGAUGUGAGUAUAUCAGAUGGGUAGGAUAGUGUCAAGCAAGGAGGAUUAAAAUAAAAUAAAAAUGUUUAUUUAAAAUGCUAGCAUAGCACAGUGGCUCAGAAAAUGAGCUGAUUAUGCAGAAGUCAACUGAAACUUGCUUUGCCAUAAAUUCAUUUGGUGAUCUUUUGGACAAGUUAUGCUUUCUGAGCCUCAACUCCCUACCAACCCCUCCCACUGCAGAUAUAGUGAAUGAAGUCAAUAUUCCUAUUGAUUUCAUAUGCUAUUUUGUGUUUGUGACUUACUUUCUUCUAUAUUGAAGAAGCUUGUAUCUUGCUUUCUGUCGACCAGUUGGAGACAAGGAAACUGGCAAUGUGAGCAUCUUAACCACAUCAACAGUGUACAAAUUCUCUCUCUCUCUCUCUCUCUCUCUCUCUCUCUCUCUCACACACACACACACACACACACACGACAACCAGUACUGUACUGCUGUAAGAAAACCUUAUAAGGGAAUAGCAUUAAAUACUCAUCAAACUUAAAGCUGAAAGCCGUCUUUAAAAAUAAUGGUUUAGUCAGAUGCCUGAAGGAAUAAUGUCUUGAAGUGUGAGAGCUCUCACUUUGAAAGUUGUUUGCAUUCUAUCUAGGUAUAAUGUUAGGCCUUCAGUAUCUUUGAAGAACUAAUUAUUUGAUCAAGGAAUGCUUUUAAAACCACUUUUAUACAGCUGGUACUACUACUACUACUACUACUACUACUAUUAUUUAUUAUACCCUGCCUAAAAAACCAAACAGUUAUAGAAUUAAAACUGUAUAUAAAUAUAAAGGCACUGUUAAAAACAUACAGGUAGUUACAAUAAAAACAGCAUGCCAGUGGGCCCUUUGAUUAAAAAGCAGUCAGUUCCCAAAACCCUGUUGGAACAAGAAGGCCUUCCCCUGCCAGCAGGAAGACAACAAAGGGGUGGCUAGUCCGACUUCUCUAGGGAGGGAGCUGGGAGCAGCCAGCAAGAAGGCCCUCUCUCAUAUCCCCACCAAGCAUGUUUGUGAGGUUGGCAGGACCUAGAGAAGGGCCUCCCCCGAAAAUCUCUGAACACAGGCAGGUGUAUAUGGGGAGAUACGGUCUUUCAGUAAGCUUAGACCUAAACCAUAUAGGGAAUUAAAGGCCAUAACCAGCGCUUUGAACUGUGCCGAGAAACGGACUGGUAGCCGGUGGAGCUCUCCUUGCAAGGAAAACAUAGGCUCCCUAUAACCAGCCCCGGUCAACAAUAUGAUUCCUCUUUACCCAGGUAUUUGAUGGCUGUAAGACCUACCUCUGGCCACCCUGAUUUUUUUAGUUUUGAGAGUAGGAGAUUGCUUUUAGAUGUUUUAAUUGUAUUGUUUUAAUAUUGGCAUGUUUGCGACUAAUGUACGCAUGAUUUGCAUUCUUGCUUUCCAGGAAGAAGAAGCGUUAAGGAGGGAAAUGGCUUAUUUCACAGAUAGUAAACUGGUUGGAAGGCAGCUGAAAGACACAUUUGCCGAUUCUCUCAGAUACGUGAACAAGCUUUUAAACAGCAAAUUCGGAUUCACGUCUCGCAAAGUCCCUGCUCAUAUGCCUCACAUGAUUGACAGAAAAGUCAUGCAAGAACUGCAGGAUCUGUAAGUCUGACAUAGAGGAAAAUAGUAACCCUUGCAUUUGAAAUAUAGAUAUCCCAAGUUGGAUCUGCCAAAAUAGGUUUUCUUAUUAAGUGAAAUAAGGGAGAAAUAUGAGCUACUUCUUCUCACAAGCAGUAAGUGAAGAGGCUAACCUGUUUCUGGGCUGCAGCGCUUGAGAUUGUAGGUGAGGGCCCUCACAGUGAAACACUCCUCCAUACUAGCAACACACAAACACACACAAUCACUGGACACACACACAAUCACUAGGCCCAGACUUCUUCCUGUUUUCUAUAUAGAAAAUAUUGAAGUCGGGGGAGGUUAUAUUGUGAAGAUUUCCAUCCUAUGAGCUCCGCAUCCUCUGUCUCCAGUGGUGCAGCCCUGAAAUAGGUUCACCUCAUCUGCCAUUGUUUUGAGAGAUUUUUUUGUCCUUUUUUUGUCCUUUUUUUCCCUUAUCAUUGCAUGCAGGGAUUACACACACACACACACACACACACACACACACACACCCUUUCUUGCCUUUGUUGGCUUAUCUUUCAUGUUGAAAGGAUCAGGUUUCUCACCUGGGGAUGCUUCUGAAGCCAUCUUUGUCACUAGAAGCCUCUUCGCAGCUCCAACUUACUUGCCAACUAUGGUCUUCCCUAGACAGGGGUAGGAUGGCUACAGCUAUGAUAACUUCCAGAUUGGACUUACAAUGUGUUUUACAUGCAGCUGCCCUUGAAAACAGUCCAGAGGUUGCAACUGGCGGGAAAUGCAGCGACCAGGGUGUUAGUGAGUGCUGCUGGUUGUCCACUUGCAACCCCUCUUCUGAAACAAUUCUAUAGGUUGGCAGUUGUCUUCCAGGUCCAAUUGAAGCUGCUUAUGAUAACAUUUAAAGCUCUAAAUGACAUUGGCCUAUCUGAAAGAGUGUCUCCUCCCAUACUAACUGGAUAACGCCCAGAUCCCCAGAUCUGCUGGGGAAUGCCUCUUGGUAGUCCUAGUCCCUAAUGAAUGUUUUUAGGAGGCUUAUGGGGUGAGGAACCUUGGGAGGGCUUUCUGUGGCUGACUUAUAUGGACAAGUUACUCAGAUUUUCUGUAUAGCCAAUUCAGUUGAUUUUCGAUGUUUCUGGACAGGUUUCCUGCGGAAUUUGACAAGACCUCCUUCCACAAAGUACGGCACUCUGAAGAUAUGCAGUUUGCCUUUUCAUAUUUCUACUAUCUCAUGAGUGCAGUUCAGCCACUGAACAUUUCCCAGGUUUUUGAUGAAGUUGAUACGGAUCGGUCUGGGAUUUUAUCUGACCGGGAGAUUCGUACAUUGGCCACAAGAAUUCAUGAACUCCCUCUAAGCUUGCAGGUAAUAUUUUUUUUUAAAUACCCCAAUGAAAUUCUGUACAGAGGAGGGAAAGUUAAUGAAAAGUAGACGUUACAGAUGUUGUUUGUUCAGUGGCAUCUUAACAUUUCUGUGUUUGUAUUUGGUUAAAUACUACUUAUUCAGAUUUUGUCAAAAAGCAAUUGAUUAAAUUAAGGAAAUGCAUUAGAAUAUAAAGGGAAAGUGUAGUGUUCUUAUUACUGGAACAUGAUUAUAGGGACAUUUUGAUGCAUUGGUGAAGAUAGGGAAUCUCACCAAACUUGGAAGCAAACUUCCUGUCUUCCUCCUGUUCUGAUGAAUUACACUUAAAUCUUUUAUAAAAUACAGGUCGGAGCAGCAACAAAUUGUUGCAUUGUGGAAUAUUUCUAGUCGGCGUACCAACCAGCUACGGCCUUUUCCAGGAUCAUAAAAAUUGUGAAUUUGUGUGCCACUUUUCUAUCAUAUACCAUGGUCAAAGCUGCUUAUAACAUCCAAAAUACUUAGAAUUGCAGAGUUGGCAGGGACCGGAGGGUCAUCUAGUCCAACCCCCUGCAAUACAGCAAUCUCAACUAAAGCAUCCAUGACAGAUGGCCAUCCAACAUAUACUUAAAAACCUCCAAGGAAGGAGAAUCCACCACCUUCCAAGGGAGACAGUUCCACUGUUGGAACAGCUCUAAACCAUCAAAAAGUCCUUCCUGAUGUUUAAGUUGGGACCUCCUUUCUUGUAACUUUGAGUCCUAGCCUCAAAGAAAAGAAUCUGGCUCCAUCUUCAUUAUAAUCUCUUCUCUCUGCCCUCCCUCUGGUGAAAUAAGAACAUAAGAGCCCUGCUGGAUCAGCCCAAAGGCCUAUCUAGUUCAGUUCUGCACAGAGGUGCUUAUGGUAAGCCCACAAACAGGGCUUACCUGCUCUCACCUGCUCUUUAGCAGCUGGUAUUCACUGGCGUAAGGGACGCGGGUGGCGCUGUGGGUUAAACCACAGAGCCUAGGACUUGCCGAUCAGAAGGUCAGCGGUUCGAAUCCCCGCAAUGGGGUGAGCUCCCGUUGCUCGGUCCCUGCUCCUACCAACCUAGCAGUUCAAAAGCACGUCAAAGUGCAAGUAGAUAAAUAGGUACCGCUCCGGCGGGAAGGUAAACGGCGUUUCCGUGCGCUGCUCUGGUUCGCCAGAAGCAGCUUAGUCAUGCUGGCCACAUGACCCGGAAGCUGUACGCCGGCUCCCUCGGCCAGUAAAGCAAGAUGAGCGCCACAACCCCAGAGUCGGCCACGACUGGACCUAAUGGUCAGGGGUCCCUUUACCUUUAUUCACUGGCAUCGUGCCUCUAAUCCUCGAGGUGGUAUAUCGUCAUCAUGACAAGUAGCUAUAGAUAGCUGUAUCCUCCGUGAACUUGUCUAAUCCUCUUUUAAAACCACCUAGAUGUCGGGGAGAAAGUUUGUACCCUAGCCUUCUCCCGGAUAUCUCAUUCCUGUACGAGUGACUUUUAAAAUCAUUGUUUGAGGGAAUGUAUGAGCUCCCACCUGCAGUCUGAAGAAGAGCCCAGGCUCGCUGAUGUAGUGAAAUAGACUUUCAUAAGCAAAAGUCAUGGUUGUGUGUAGGUGUGCAGUAAAGCUCAUCCAUGCAGAGAAAGAAAAUGCAAAACCUUCUUUUCUUUUUUCCCCCUUGCUAGGAUUUGACAGGUCUGGAGCAAAUGCUAAUAAAUUGUUCUAAAUCCCUUCCAUUCAAUAUCACUCGGAUUCACAACAUACCACCAACUCAGGAGGCAUAUUAUGACCCCAAUCUGGUAAGGAACUGUUGCAAACAUACUUUCUUCUCCCUCUCCAAUUGGUGCAGACUGGCAUUUCAAAAAACAGCUUUCAAAAUAUGUGGUAUAAUUUCAGAUGGUCACAAAACCACCGUUUAAAUCCCUGCAUUCAGUAAUGUGAGAUGUCUUGCUCCCCGUUAAUUUCUUUUGUGAGCAAAUCUUCCUGCUUCAGACAUACGCACAACUUGAGCUUGUCCACUGAUUUUGUGAUUUAAGAGCAAACCUCCCUCCCUCCGCAAUAGAGUGCCAAGAGCUUCUGCUGAAUGCCCCCUAAAUUUGAAAAACACCUAGUCCUUUAACACAGAACAGCUGUAAUUCAAGGAUAAAAGAAACACUAAACCACCUGGAGAAAUUAUUUGGGAGCCAGGUACCUAAAGAAGCACCUCUCCCAGUAUCACUCAUCACAGGUCCUACGAUCAGAAGGGAAGGCCUUGUCGGUGGUGCUGCCUCUGGUUGCUUCCCAGUUAGCCUUGAUCCAUGACAGGGCCUUCUCGGUGGUUCCCCAUUUAUAGAAUGCCCUUCCUCGUGAUGUGCGUCCACCUCCCUCAUCAUUGACUUUCAGGAGAAAUUUAAAAAGACUCCUGUUUACCCAAAAAUUUGAUGGCUAAUGGAAACUGGCCAUGGCAACUGUGAAAUUAAUUAUUAUCUUUUUACAUGUUUAGUUGUUCUAAAUGCUUACGGUUUUGAAUUAUUGGAAUCAUAGAAUAUUGGAGUUGGAAGGGACCCUGAGGAUCAUCUAGCCCAACCCCCUGCAAUGCAGGAAUCUCAGCUAAAGCAUCCAUGACAGAAGGCCAUCCAACCUCUGUUUAACAACCUCCAAGGAAGGAGAGUCCACAACCUCUCGUGGGAGUCUGUUCCAUUGCUGAACAACUCUUACUGUCAGAAAGUUUUUCCAAAUGUUUAGUUGGAAUCUCCUUUCUUGCAACUUGAAGCCAUUGGUUCGAGUCCUACCCUCCAGAGCAGGAGAAAACAAGCAUGCUCCCUCCUCCAUGUGACAGCUCUUAAGAUAUUUGAAGAUGGCUAUCAUAUCUCCUCUCAGUAAUGCCCCCCCUCCAUUUAGCAUUGCACCCUUUAGGAGGCUAACAGUACAGUCCUGUGCAUGUCUACUCAAAAAUAAGCCCCAUAUUGUUCAGGCAGUAGCAGAAGGUAUUGUGGUGGGACUGUAGUGCUCACCUGACCUCUGGCUGUCCAACAGGAAGGGUAAGGCAGCAGUGAGGUUGGUGCGAUGCAAAUAUGCCAGCAGGAUUGGCUCCACCAAUGCAUUUGCACCAUGCCAACCUUGCUGCUGCCACCUCCUCCUCUUAGUCACUAUAUGCAGCAGUGACCCAGCCAGAAAGACGUCAGGUGAGCCUUGCAGUCCAGCACACCAUCUGCUACAGCCCCUGGGUGAGUCUGCAUAGGACUGCAGCCUAAUUUGCUCAGAAUUUUCCAUCAUGAUUAUUGUUUUUGUUGCUGUUCCUGCAUAGCAGUUUACAAAACACAGGAGGGCAGGUCCCUGCCCCAAGGAGUUCACAGUAUAAAAUUUGACAUGAGAGAUGCAACAGAGGAGGGGAUGGGAAUGGAGGGACAAACUAAGCAUGAAGUUUAUUUUAACUACAUAACAGCUUGGUUAUGAUAAAGUAAGAACCUUUCUUAUUAAAUAAGCUCAAUUCUGUUAUGUUUUUUCUGUAUCCUCCCCCUUCUUACUGUGUCUUAAUGCCCUUGAUAAACGCUUCUCACAAUCUGCCAUUUUAUCUCCUUAAAUAAAUAUCUACUAAAUAUAGCAUCAUAAUUAAUAUCUUUUGUUUCUAACAUCAUGACUGAAGUUAUUUUUGAAAUGUUUCAGUUGUUGGAUUUCCAAGAACAAGGCUAAACCUUUAAAAGGCUUCCCUUGAGAAUAGGAGAGUUGUUUCUCAGAAGUGCUUGUGACUGGAUUAGGAAUCAUAAGACUAAUAUAUACCAGCUGUUCAGAUCUCACUUGGAGUAGUUUCCUGGUUGACAUUGAUUGGCUUGCACCGUAGCAUUUUUCUGCCUCCCUGCAGAAUACUGGAUUAAAUGUCUUGUUACUUAUGAAAUACAAAAAGUUAUUUGUUUUCCAUAUCAUCAGUUUUAAUCCUAAGAAGUUUUGCUGCUCAGCAGCAAAAAAAUUACAUUUUUUAAAAAUAAGGAAAACAAACAACUAGCUGGGAGUUUGCUACAUCAUGAUUCCAUGUAAAAUACAGAAAAACAAUAUGCAUAAAUAACAAACCAAUUAAUUGAUUGUUUGCCCCGUUUUCAGCCCCCAGUGACAAAAAAUCUGCUAACCAACUGCAAGCUUGUGACUGACAGAAUUCAUAAAACAUAUAAGGACAAAAACAAAUACAGGUAUCCAGUAUUAUUUUACUUCAGUUGUGACACACAUAUAGAAACACCUAAGGGUGGAGAACCCGUGACCCUCCAGAUAUUGUUGGACUCCAACUCCCAUAAGUGUCAGCCAGCAAUGGCCAAUAGGGAUGAUGGGAAUUGUAGUCCAGCCUUGUCUGCAGAGCCAGAGGUUCCCUACUCCUGACCUAUAGAAUGAAUUGUAUGUGUUUAUUUAAAGGCUCCUUGGUAAGUGCAGCAUGACAUGAUGGAAGUAAAAGUGCUUUCUGUUUAAAAUGUGAUUAAUUAUAAAUGAUUAUUUAUCCAUGGUUGAUCUUGAAAGUCAUGCUGAAUUAUCCUCAAGCAAGCCACUGUACACACCUGGUGGCAUCUCUUACCUGUUGGGUUGAGUCAUGCAGUAAGCCCAAGAGAAGAGGGAAUUGCAUGCUUAAUAGAGCUAACAGGAAAUGGGAGGGAGGUUGCACCUGUAAUAGGAAAAAGUGCUCGAGGCAAGGCCAAUAAAGUGCAAUUAAAUUUUAAUAGGUAGUUUCUCAACGUGUUUUGGCUGACUUCAGCGGCUAGGCAGACACAAAUUGCAUCAUUUUCUAAUAUGCUUUAUGCUGUGUCUUCAGGUAUGAUUGUGAUCCCUUUGGGGCACUUUUAGGCUUGUGUCCCUGCACAAGGGGAACAAUCCUUCCAAGCAGUGUUGCGCUGCCUAUACAAGGAUGUAUCCCCAGAGUGCUCUCCUGUUUUGUCUUCUCCUUCCGCACAUGUGCAGUGCUCCAAGGCAUUCUGGGGGAUUUGUAAGUCUGUGCCUCUGCCUCCUUGGUCUGGGGCUGGGUGGGGACACAGACCUCCCCAUCUUGUAAUGCCCUCCAUGCCAGCAUGGAUCCCAGAUGGACACUAGGGGUGGUGUAUAGAAAGGACUACUCACAUUAGAAAGCAUCAUCCCCAAACCAUAAAUGAGAAUUAAUAGUGUUGGUUUUUUUAAAUGCGGAACAUACGUUUUUACAGGAGUCCUAUAGUCAUCAGGCUCUGUUUUCUUGUAUGAGUAAAUAUAGAAAAAUGAUAAAAACCAAUAUGGGCACGGGGCUACCCAUUUAUACAAUAAAAAUUCCUUUUAACACAAGGGACACCAUGGUUGUAAAUCCUUCGUUCACACUUACUGUUAUGUUUUCCUAUAUAACGCCAAGGUUUGAAAUCAUGGGAGAGGAGGAAGUUGCCUUCAAAAUGAUCCGCACCAAUGUUUCUCAUGUAGUCGGACAGCUGGAUGACAUACGAAAAAAUCCCAGGUAUGCAGUUCUCAUUCAGAUUUGAGGUAAAAUGUUUACUAAUUGUGGUUUGCUUGAACAAAGCAAACAAUAGUCAGUGGUUUGGACAUAAUGCUAAAGCUAGAGACCAUGGUUUGUUUCUCGCAGCAAGAGUGGGAAGAAGCAAAGUAGACAUGAUUGACUCUGUUUUGGUAAACUAUUAACUACUUUUAAUGUGAUGCCUAAGAAUCCCUAGAAACCUAAUACAAUGAAACAAUUUUUCUUAUAAUAUUAGGCCCUCAAACACCUUGAAUUGAUCUUGCAACUAUAUAGAAGGAUUGCUUUUGUAGGAAUCAUAUAUUUCUACACAAAACUGCUGCUAUUUUAUGAUCCAUUAUUAUGUACAAUAAAUACUCUGAAAUGUUCUUUCACAGUAUUUCUACUCUUUCAGAGUAGAGAGCCAGGCUAAUGAAGGUUUUUAGAAAACAAAUUGAGAUAUGGGAGUGUGUCGUUUGCGGAUAACAGCUUACUACUUGUCCCAACCAAUAAGAACGUUGGUUUUCUUGAUUUUUCUUUCCUCUCAGAAAAUUUGUUUGCCUCAACGACAACAUUGAUCACAAUCAUAAGGAUGCUCAGACAGUAAAGGCAGUGCUUAGGGAUUUCUAUGAAUCAAUGUUUCCCAUACCAUCCCAAUUUGAGCUGCCCAGAGAGUAUCGGAAUCGUUUUCUUCACACCCGGGAGCUUCAGGAAUGGUAAGUGUUUCAGAACCCUUGAAAUGAGCAUACUGGGGAUGCGAUCUUCAGGGUACCGUUCAGCUGGUUCAAAAUGUGGCCACCAGAUUCCUGAUUGGUGUUUGGCAAUCUGCUUUAACAGCACCUACAUUAUAUCAGUGUGUUCCCAGGUCCCGGUGAGUAUCUGGUCUCAAUUUAAAGUGCUGGUCUAAACCUUAAAAGCCUUAAAUGGUUCAGGCCUGAGCUAGCUGAUGGACCCCCUGCACUUAUAUUAUCCUGUCCACACACUGAUAUCUCAGCUGGAGGCUACCUCCAAGGUCUAUGAAAUAGAGAACCAUAAGAGAAAAAGAGGUGGUCUUUUCUGUGGUGGCUCCACACUUUUGAAACUCUCUCACAGGAGAGUUGUGGCAAGCAGCUACAUUUCAGGCUUUCAGUCAGGCCUUAUACUCUUGUUUUCAUUUACCUUCCCUGAGCAGUAUUUUGUUCUGGUCACCAGAGAAAGCUGGAUUUUUAUUAUGCUACUGGAGUUCUGAAUUUGUUUUUAACUUUUUGAGUCUGAUUUAUUCUUGGUCUUGGUAAUAAUUGAUUUUUUUAUUCUUGUAGUUUUUGUUGCUUCUAAAAUGCUUUGAAUAGGCUUUUCCUGGAAAAGUGGCACAUAAAUAUUUUAAAAUAAAUGUUAUGUUUCUAGGAAUAUAUAGAUAUUUAGUACUAUUUUGUUCUUUUAAAAAUGCUGUGUUUAGGAGGGCCUACAGAGACAAGCUGAAGUUCUGGACGCAUUGUGUGUUAGUGACAUUGAUUGUGUUCACUGUCACCUCGUUUUUUGCUGAGCAGGUAAAAGAUAUAAUUUUAUGCAAAUAUUAAACUUUCUUAGGAUAUCACUCUUGCUAAACCAUAUCACGAAAAGUCCCAGUAAAGGGUUUUGUAAAAUAUAUUAAGCCAGGGUUACUGUUUUAGCCUGUUUGCACCAGCCGCUGCAUGUCACAUAAAACGAGUUCAGCAAAGGUUGUGGAGCAGCAAUGGUGGAAAAGGUAGCAGUGGAGAGAGAGCAGAGAGUUGACUGGAUGGCUUAAAACACUCCAUCCAACUCUGAUUCAGUGAGAGACACUGAGACUACAUUCAUAAGAACAAAAGCAUUCAGUAGAUGUUAGUCCAGUUGGCAUUCCUUACAUCUGUAUAGCUGGAGUCAGUUUCUGCUGCUUCAGUUCAACUAAGAUCAGGUCUUCUUUGCAUAGGGGGGGCAUUUAAGGAACAAUGUGCAUAAACAGGUGUGGGAGUUAAUCUGGCUAAAAAGCUGGGUCCAGGAAUAAAGAUACACAUCACAUUCUCAAUAAUACCAAAUAUCUAUUCUGGAGGGGUGUAUAAGGAGGAUUGAAUCCAGUCUUCUGUUCCUCGAAUCUUCCCUUUCUCCAGAUAAGUGCUGUUGCCAGCAAAUUGGUGUGAGAUGCACAUAAACUCCUGGAUCAAGUGAGGAAAUGUAUACAGGAGCCACUCUUGAACAUGCAUGUUACUGAGGCAUUUAUGUGUAAACAUAUGCUCCCCAGUUGGUCCCCACAAGAUGCAUUAUGUUGUGAAGUCUGUUCUGAUCUCCAGAGGUGAAAUAGUCCGCCAUGGAAAUAGCUGUGCCAGGCAGAGGCAUCAUGGGAAGGAGGGGAAUGGAAAAGAACCAUGUGAUUGUUUUGAUUUUGCCAAGUAUUCAUUUGCGUGCACACACAAGUGUUCUUUAAUUUUUCAGUUAAUAGCCUUCAAACGAAAGUUCUUUCCAAGGAGAAGGAUUCAAAAAGAAGUUUGCCCUGAAAGAAUGAAGGUCUAGAAGACUUCUGUUGUAAAUCAGUCUACCUCAACAUGUGAUGAGCAUGUACAAUGUUUUGUCUCAGAAGUGUCUUGAUAGUUGUGUGCCGGGCAUGAACAGAAGUGUCACCAUCCAUUACAGCUUUUGUGGCUCUGUGUAUGACACCUAUGCUACUGAACAGCCAGAGAAUUGGGCCCCUAGGAGGAUCGGUGAGGUUCUGGAUCCAGAAGACCCAAAGCCACCAGUGCCCAACCCUAUUUUGUGACUUUAGCACUUGCUACGGCCAGUGCGGGGAAGCUGCUGGUAGUAGCUUUCCAUGUACUUGGCUGAAGCUGGGACCAGUGCAGGCUUGGCAGAGAGGCAAAUAUUCACCAUCCUAACUAUUGCCCAGCUAUCAGCAUAAGAGGGGAUGUUUUAGGAAUGUGCUCUUACAGACAGUGGGAGGAAGGGUUGUGUUGCCAGCUCUCAGAUGGUUGCAAUUCACAAACAUAAUUUCCGGAGUGCAUUAUCCUUUUUUAUAAAAAGGGUUACUGAAAGAAACAUAGCUGCAUUUGUUGCAGUAGCCUUUGCCAACUAAAUAAUAAUGUUGGAUAUAGAAUCUUCUGUUAGAUGUGUUCCUGAGCUUGCAUCCCAAGGCAUUUGAUGUGCCAUUGGCCGUUCAGUCAGUAAACCUUUCCCUCUAUGUUUUGCACAGUAAAGCACAGCUAUAAACUUGCCUCUUGAGUACAUGGAGGGCAGGAUAUGAACUGACUCCCACAACACUCCAUUGUAACUGCCACCUACACAGUUUCUCAGGCCUUGUUAUGUUAUAUAUUCCCCAUGGUAGCCAGUCCAUUAUCCAUAGGGUUUACCAUGUUUGUUGUUGCUUAGGCUCCUGACCAAUAGGCUACUUUGAAAGAGCAGGACGAGAGCUCCACACGGAAAGCGUAAGAGAGAAUGAGCUUCUGGGGGUUUCUAGUAAAGUCCAGGUAUCCCUGUUAAGAGAAAUCCCUGAUUGGAAUAGCAGCAGCUUGAUGUGAGGAUAGUCCUAACGUAGAUCUUUUGAGCAGCUGUGCAUCCAUUUAUUCAUGUGCAAAGGAACAGGAUAGUAGCCUUUGUGUCUGUGCCCCGCCCCCUUUAAUGUACCCUCUUCAAUUUGUAAAGUAUCUAGUUUAAAUAUAAGGCGGAUUCAUCUAUAGAAUGAAGGAUUAGAAUGGUGAAGUCCUAUUUGCUAUAUUGUUCUGCUGCUAGACUAUGAAAAAAUGGUAUUUAAAUACAUUUGAUUCUUUUCUUUGUAUAAUGUCUUUAUUGAUCAAAAUGUAAACUGCAGCUCAAUCUACUCCAUUCAGUUUCUAGAAACACUAGUAAGAAUUGUACGCCUAAUUAAAAAAAUUAGGGCUAUAAACAAAAGGGGCUUGGCUGCAUUAUGUGUACAAGCAGUGUAUAUUUAGCAGCAAAAGUGCCUCUCCAUAUAAGUUUUCAAUACUUUGUAUUGUUUUAACGGUAUAACUAAGAGCAUGACACUCAGCCAUUUUUCAUAUCAAGCAUUCAUUUUCAAAAAUUUGGACAUAUAGUAGUCUAGUGAUCUCCCCUAUUAUGUCAAAACAAAUCUCAGACCAGGAAAAGGAAAGGGAUUUUUGUCCCAAACAGAUUCUUUUAAAAGAAAUGUCUUUAAUCAUGAUAUUAACAACUUUUCAGGACUAUAAUCACCUCAGUAAUUAUUUUAUCAUGAAGAUGGGGGAUUUUCAAUGUACAUGUGCUGUAAAAUAUAUGCUUUUUUUAACAGAUGUUUUUGAUUUAAAAAUGUUAUAUUGUGUGUGUGUCAAGAAAAAUGAUCAAGUAUUUAAUGCUCUGAAAAAUGGUUAAGUAUUUUUAAAUCAAAAAGGCACCUUAUUCUUUAUCAAGUGCAUACACCUAAUUUUUAAAUAAAUAAAUCUAGUUCAACUUCUUU